CUGAUUCCUGUCUGCUUCGCUCUCAGAGGACUCUUGGGUCACCUCGCUUUCCGUAGUCGCUUUGCUGACGUGUGUGUGAGUGGAGGAAGCUGAAGUUACUCCAACACCAGCUAUGUCUGCAGACUGGGAAGAAAUCAGACGGCUGGCAGCUGACUUCCAGCGAGCCCAGCUCAGUGACACAGUGCAGAGGUAGGUUGCCCGGCCAUAUUGCCGGAUUCCAGCUGGCAGUAAUGAGUGUGUGUCUGGACUGGCAGCAUUAUAAGCUGGGCCUUGACAGAUGGCACAUACAAACAUGCACUCCCUCAACAGCCACAUAAUGCUGCCUUGAUUUACAUUGAAAAUAAUGAUAAAAAAAAAAAAAACCAACAACAGUUUAACUCCAUCUUCUAUCUAUACAUCUGCUGCCAGACAUAGGGAUUGCAGUUAUCAUCAGUCUUUCCCUGCCUCUAUAAAUAAUUUAUCCUUAUAGCUGCUCUGUCCCCCCCCCCCUCCACCCCCCUUUGGAAAAUAGUAUUUCAUAAAGAUAAAAAUCUUUAUGAAAUACAUUACCUGUGCUGGAAUAUCACUGAAAUUUAAAUGCAGCCAGAAUAUAUUAUAAAACAAAGAAGGGAUUACUUUGUAUAAAUUUUUCCUAUGCUUAAAAGGUUACUCCAGUCAUAAUGACCACUUCUGCUUUUUGAAGUGGUCAUGGUGGUUGGAGCCAGUAUGUGCAUCAUGCUGUGGACAGAUGUAGUCAGAUUCCUCCCUUGCAGGCAGAGGGCCUGGAAGGGGAAGUUUGAUCUGCCUACUCUUGCUCCCUCCCUCCUUGUAGUUGCUUCCUGCUCUCUCCACCUAACUCUGUUAUAAAUAUAGUUUUUGUUUAAAUGAAUAUAUAUUUUUAAAUUGUGUCCAGCCAUGCCUGUCCAUACGUCUUUUUCCCCUCAUUGUCGCAGAUCGUGCGCAUGUGCUCCAGGACGGUGAGAAUGGUCCAUUCAAUGCUUCUGUUUGAAAAGCAUUUGAUUGGCCGCACAAUGGAGCCUGUGACGUCGGGACAUGGCAUGGAUAGAAGCGCCUGGAACCUCGUCUGGCAUUGGAUUGCAGGUAAGUUUUAACGUUAAAGGACCACUAUAGGCACCUAGAUGACUUCAGCUCAAUGAAGUGGUCUGGGUACCAUGUCCCCCUAGUUUUAACCCUGCAGCUAAAAACAUAGAAGUUUCAGAGAAACAGCUAUGUUUACACUGCAGGGUUAAUCCAGCCUCUAGUGGCUGUCUUCUGCGAUUUACAUGGAGUAAAUCACACUUAUUUCACGCUGGAUGUCCUCAUGGAGUCCAGCGUAAAAUAAGAUCCCCACAGGAAAGCAUUGAGUAAUGCUUUCCUAUAGGCAGGUUUGAAUGCGCGCCCGCCUCCAAUCGUGAGCUGAUGUUGGCGGGGGAGCCGAGAGCUGGAUUAAGGUAAGUAGCUGAAGGGGUUUUAACCCCCUUAAGCGAUGAGGGAGGGGGGCACUCCAAGAGCCUAUAGUGCCCGGAAAACUUGUUUUCCUGGCACUAAAGGAUCCCUUUAAAUCAUGCGUUUUAUGGGGGCGGAGGGGAACUUAGUGAGCGAUGCCCAAUAGGGCAUUUCUCAUUGAAUCUAAUGUUAUUCAAUGAGGGCUGGAGUAAUCCCUUAACAAAAUAGCAAGUAUUGUGCUCUCACGGGAUCCCAUGGAAAAAGAUGAUGGCGACCACGAGGGACAGCUUCAGGUAAACGGCAAGUGUUGAUAUCACCAUUGUGUGUCUUGCAGAAUAAGCAAAGACCAGAAGAUGACGGAGCCGCUUUAAAGGGUAACAAUAGUGCUAGGAAAACAAAGUUGUUGUUUUUUUUCCUAGCACUAUAUUAACCUACAAUGCCCCCCUCCCUUGCACUGGAAGAGUUAAAAAUGAGUAUGUCACCUAUCACAGUAAUCGUUCCCUCACAAUCCUCCACUUACUAGAGCACUGGAAAGUGAUGAAGCGAUUGGUGUGGAGAAGCAAAGCCAAUGGAGCUGCAAACCACAGGCUCCCAGACAAAGCUGCUUUAUCUUCCGCCAUGGCUGUCCUCCUAUCAGCUUAUAUGUGGGGAGGAGACGUCAUUGGGUUCAGUAACAGCAUUCCGAUCUUGCUGCAGAGCUUCCCUCCAAGACCUACUACUCACCCCCGCCUUCUAAGAAACAAACUUCUUUUCCCUUCAGAUUAGAGGCAGUGCUUGACAAAUGGGAUUUCUAAUUUGGAGGGAAAAAACAGUCAGGCAAACCCCCAAACUUUUUUAAGAACCUCCCCCAAUUACCAUUAGUAUUAUAAAUAUCCGCUUACCACAAACAUGGUGAGAGGACUGAGGCUCGGGAGGCUCUGUUUCUUCUUGGUUCCGGACAGGGGUAAGGAUGCCGGACGGCUGAAUCACCUCUGUUUUUUAUGUGGCUACUGUCUAUACUGCGCCAGGUGCCGGGCAAACGAGGGGCGCAGGCGUGCGCCAGCUGGAAAGCCCUGGCGGUGGAACGCAUGUACAGGUUACGUUGCGUUCCACCGGGAAUUCACGGCGCGCACUGCCCAUGCGCAAUGCGAUUCAAAUUCAGGCGCCAAAAUCUGAAAACAUAUAUAUUUUUUUUUCUUCCCAUUCGUUCAGUUUUGAUUUCCAGGACUUAAAGAGGUAAUUUCACCAGCAGCAACUGUUUGCCAGAUCCACUCAGACUUUGUUGCAAGUGUAUUCUCACCUGCCCUCCAACACACUUUGAGACCAUUUAAGGUAAGACCUUUUUAUGCUUUUAUCUUAAAUGGCUCUAGCCCGAAUUGAAGGAGAUUGAAAACAUUUUUCCUCUCCUCUCUCCUCAGUAUGUCUAAUCCUGAGACUACAGAUAGAACGUCAGAGAGGGGUAAAUGUUGUGCAAAAACCAAACAUCUAAGUUGCACUGCAUGUUCUCAACCCAUGCCUGAUGGAUAUAAAAGGAAACUUUGUCCUAUAUGUUCCAAAGAGGCUUCUGAGGAAGCAAAGAAAUUAGAAAUGUCCACAUUCCUAAACUGGCUCCAACAAAGUAUGCAACAAACUUUUGUGGAAAUGCAGACGGCAGCCAUUCAGUCUGCUCAGGCCUCUGUUUCUCAGGAUGUGUCUGUAGUAAAACUAAGAAAAGGCCUAGAUCCUGGGAAUUAUCAGACAAAAGUUCGGAGUCUUGUAUGUCUGAUUCUAAAGAUGAGAAUUCUAGUGAUUCAUCUGAUGAGGAAUUUGCUUUUCCAGAGGAAUCCAUUGGAAAAUUAGUAAAAGAAGUUCAGUACCUGAUGGAGGAUGUGAAAAUAGGGAAGAAAUCAAAAGUUUUCCCAUUUCAUCCACAGCUAAAGGAUUGGAUUUUAAGAGAAUGGAAAUUCCCAGGGCGAAAGCCGUUUUUGUCAAAACACUUUAAAAACCAAUUUUUUUCCAUUGAUAUGGAUCCUGAGUGCCUGCUGGAUUCGGUUCCAUCAGUAGACGUUCCUAUUGCUCAGCUGGGAAAGAAAACCACUUUACUUAUAGGUGAUUCAAGUGGCUUAAAAGAUGCUAUGGAGAAACGUAUGGAUUCUUUUUUAAAUAAAAUGUUUGUCUCCUCAGCUGCCCAAGCAAAAGCUCUUAUUUCAGGUACUUCUGUGGCUAAGGCACAGAAACAUUGGCUAGAAGAAUUAGAGAAGAUUUAUGCAGGUGAAUCUAAGAAAGACCCUGUAAAGCUGUUGAAAAAUAUCAAGAUGUCAUCAGAUUUUUUUUUUAGUAGAUUCCUUUUCAGAAAGUCUGAAGUUAUCAGCUACGGCGCUGGGUAUAGCUACAGUGCAUAGGAGAGCACUAUGGCUGAGAAACUGGUCAGCUGACUCAGCAUCCAAAAAUUCUUUAUGUGACCUUCCAUUUGAACCUGGUAGACUUUUUGGAUAUAAGCUGGAUUAUCUGUUAAAGCAGAUGAUGGAAGGUAGGAAGGCCUUGCCUGAAGUCUACAGGAAACAGGUUUGGAAUAAGAAAAAAAUUUGGAGCCCAGCCCUCCUACAGAGGUUCCUUUCGUAAGCACGCUUACAGGGGUCAACAAAGGAAAGUAUUUGAUUACAGGAGAAAAGAGACGUUCACUGACAAGAGGAAUAGAAUGUUAUGACGCCAUCCCGGUUGGAGGAAGAUUGACACAUUUCCUAGAUUGCUGGCAAAAGACUACUUCGGAUCACUGGGUUCUCUCUGUGAUAAAGAACGGUUAUCAUCUGGAUCUAUCAGAGAUACCAAAAAGAACAUUUUUAUGCUCUACGGCCCAUUCACCUGCGACAGAGAAAGCAUUGAUGCAAGAAGUAUCAAAGCUCCUUCAAAAGAAGGUCAUAGAAGGAGUGCCCCUAAUAGAAAGAUUCCUGAGCACUUAUUCAAGACUUUCUUUUUUUUUGGUUCCAAAACCAAACAAAUUGUUCAGACCCAUUCUAGAUCUCAAGUCCAUCAACAAUUUUAUUCUAAAAAAGAAGUUCCAUAUGGAAUCAAUACAGUCUGCAACGCAUCUUAUUCAACCAGGAAAUUGGUUUGUUUCUCUGGAUCUAAAAGAUGCCUAUUUACACGUACCCAUCGCAGAAUCCAGCAAAAGAUUCCUAAGAUUUGCAUUAUUCCUCCAAAAUAUAACUUUGCAUUACCAAUUCCAAGCCCUUCCCUUUAGUCUGUCGUCUGCCCCAAGGGUGUUCACAAAACUGCUUGUAGUCGUCUCAGCAUAUCUAAGAUGAUUAGGCAUCUAUGUCAUCCCUUAUUUAGAUGACUGGCUGUGGAUUGUGGAGUCGAAAGAACAACUGUGUUUAGAGCUUAUGACGUCCUUGGACUCUCUAAAAAAUCAUGGUUGGUUGAUAAAUUUCGAAAAGUCGGAAUUAGUCCCAGUCCAAAGGAUUCAGUUCCUGGGUCUGAUUUAUAGACUCCAUCUCCAUGAGGAUUUUCCCUCCAGAAGAAAAGAGAAAAUUACUCAAACUAUUCAGAAGCUCAGAGAGAAAGGUUCGUUCUCCAUCAGAGAAGCAAUGAGCUUGCUGGGUCUUUUUACAGCUGCUAUCCCGGCAGUCUGUUGGGCAAAGGCCAGAAUGAGACCCCUUCAAAGAAACAUUUUAAAGGUAUGGACCAAACAUACAGACAGCCUGGACGGUCUUAUGAAAUUCAACAGUCAGACGUUGUUUCAAUGGUGGACCUCAUCUCGAUUCCUGCGUUCAGGACUUUCUUUCCAAAAGAAGUCUUUCAGAAUUAUAACUACAGACGCCUCAGCUGUCGGCUGGGGCGCUAAUGUAGGAGACCUAAAGAAGCAAGGGCUCUGGCAAGUAAAAGAUUUAAGAACUUCUUCGAACUACAAAGAACUAAAUGCGGUUUGGCUGGCUCUCCUGGCUUUUCAGUACCAGAUCCAGAAUCAACAUGUUCAGAACCGGUCAGACAAUUCUAUGACCGUUGCAUAUGUGAACAAACAAGGCGGAGCAAGAUCGCCGAAUUUAGAAAGUCUACGUUCCAAAAUCAUGCUAUGGUCAGAAGUACACCUUCUCUCAAUUUCAGCAGUUCACAUAAUGGGAAAAUUCAACGUGUUGGCAGAUUCUUUAAGUCGUCAACAAUUAAAACAAACAGAUUGGUCCCUUUUUGUCAAGGUUUUCAAUCAAAUUACAAGGAUUUUCGUUUGUCCAAAAAUAGACCUUAUGGCUUCAAGAGCAAACAGAAAAACAAGACGAUUUGCGUCCUUGAGCCCUGCAGACAUACCAGAGGUCAUAGAUUCCCUUUCGAUACCCUGGAAGUUCAACCUAGCAUAUGUGUUUCCUCCAGUGGCUCUUAUUCCCAGAGUUCUACAAAAGAUUAAGUUGGAUAGGGUGAAAAUGAGCAUAAUUCUCCCAAGAAGAAGUUGGUUCUCAAUUCUCCUAAAUAUACCAGGUUCCACUUUUUGGAAACUUCCCCUGUCAGUAGAAAUACUGGAACACUCCAUGGUACCUCUUCCGACUCUACAGAGAUUCAAAUUGGCUUGGUGUCUGAAUACCAGAUUUUAAAGAAUAAAGGUUUAUCUCCAGAAGUUAUUAAGAUUUUAAUGGCUGCUAACAAAGAAUCUACAUCUAAAAUUUAUUCCAGGAUAUGGAAGAAAUUUUGUACCUGGUGUUUUAGGAUAAAAGUUAAUUCAAUUACCGCUUCCAUUCAAAACAUCCUUAAUUUCCUUCAAAUGGGCUUUGCGAAAGGUUUAAAACCGGCCUCACUCAAGGUGCAAGUCUCAGCUAUCAGUUUCUUUUCUUUCAGAUGUUUUGCAUCGAAUAUUCUGAUCUCCAGAUUUUUCAAGGCACUGUCCCGUUUGGUUCCCAACAUUAGGGAAACUUGUCCGCCUUGGGAUCUUAAUUAAGUUCUACCAGCUCUAUGUGAGCCUCCCUUUGAACCUCUAGAGAAAUCGUCUCUGAAGGUUUUAUCUUUCCUAACUUUGUUUUUGGUGGCCAUUAACUCAGCUAAAAGAUUGGGUGAACUUUUCAUCAAGACAAGGUGGUCUUAAAGCUGGAUCCUUCUUUUAUGCCUAAGGUUUUGUCUUCAUCUAACAUCAAUCAAGAAUUAGUGUUGCCUACUUUUUGCCGAAAUCCUUCCAAUGCUUUGGAAAAGAAAUGUCACUGUCUUGACGUUAAAGGACCACUAUAGUGCCAGGACAACAUACUCGUUUUCAUGGCACUAUAUUCCCCUUAGGGUGCCCACACCCUAAGGGUCCCCCUCCCGCCCGGCUCUGGGGAAAGGAAAGGGGGUUAAAACUUACCUUUUUCCAGCGCCGGGCGGGGAGCUCUCAGCCUCCGAUCUUCCUCCUCUCCUCCCAUUCGUCUGAAUGCGCACGCGCGGCAAGAGCUGCGCGCGCAUUCAGCCGGUCUCAUAGGAAAGCAUUUACAAUGCUUUCCUAUGGACGCUUGCGUGUUCUCACUGUGAUUUUCGCAGUGAGCAUCACGCAAGCGCCUCUAGCGGCUGUCAAUGAGACAACCACUAGAGGAUUCGAGGGCUGGAUUAACCCAUUUAUAAACAUAGCAGUUUCUAUGAAACUGCUAUGUUUAUAAAAAAAAUGGGUUAAUCCUAGAGAGACCUGGCACCCAGACCACUUCAUUAACCUGAAGUGGUCUGGGUGCCUAGAGUGGUCCUUUAAGAGAUGUCUGCUUCAUUAUCUGGAAUGUACGAAGACAUUUAGGAAAUCUAGCAGUCUUUUCGUUUUAUUUCACGGUUCUAGAACAGGUUUGAUGGCUUCAAAAGGCUCUCUGACCAGAUGGCUAAAAGAUUGCAUUCAUGUGGCGUACUCCACCAGCAACGUUACUGUACCUUUCCCCGUCAAAGCUCAUUCUACCAGAGCUAUAUCCACAUUCUGGGCCCUUCGGGCAUCGGCUACACCUUCUCAAAUUUGUUCUGCGGCCACACGGUCAUCUCUUCAUGCAUUUUCUAAACAUUACAGGUUAGACAUGCUGGCCUCAGAAGACGCAUCUUUUGGGCGCAAGCAGUGGUGAAGUGAGACCCGCCCUGAGGGGAUUGCUUUGUUUAUCCCAUUUGUCAAGCACUGCCUCUUAUGUGAAGGGAAAAGCAAAAUUUUUUACUUACAGUAAAUUUCUUUUUCCUGGAAGAUUAGAGGCAGUGCUCACUUCCCCCCCCCCUCCCCUCCCCCUUUUUCUAAUAAACUUAAAUUUUGCAGUUACCCGGCUUUUGUACUUUCUGGGGCUGUUUGGGGUAAGCGGAUAUAUAUUAUACUAGUGGUAAUUUACAGUAAGUAAAAAUUUUCGCUUUCUCACUGGUGGCCGGUAAAUUAAAUAAAUCUGUUAUAUUAAAUUUGUUAACAUCUGUCAUCGAAUGAGAUCCAAGGUGGAGAUGUGAGAUGCCUUCAAUCACACAUUUUAUAAACUUGGUACACAAUCACUGACACAGGGCAGACCUGUAAAAUUUGUAAGAAAGGAUUUACCAGUAUCCUUUAUUAGCUUUCAUUAUGUUUGUAGCAUGAAUGUACACAAACCCUAGACAAAUUGCAUGUUUUAUGCCUGCUUAAAGGAACACUAUAGCGUUAGAAAUACAAACCUAUUUUCCUUACCCCACUUCCUCUGACACCCUCCCCAUAGGAAAGCAUUGAAUCAAAUCCCCAAAUUGCCUCUAGUGGUUGUCUGGAAGACAGCCACUAGAGGCUGUCUUUGUGCUGGAAUGUAAACAUUGCAGUUUCUUUAAAACUGCAAAUUAUGUUGCAUUGCAGGAAUAAGGGUAAUAGGGACACUGAACCCAGACAACUUCAAUGAGAUAAAGUGAUCUGGGUGCCUAUAAGUGUCCCUUUACAGACACAUGCAAUUGUACAAGUUCUGAAUCAAAACAAGAUCUACAAUUUGAGCUAUAUAACUGUCAACCAUAAUUUACCUCUUCCAUAUUAAGUGUACCCACACCUAUUAUAUAUUUUGUUUAGGUGAAAUAGGGCUUUUAUUUCACAUUAAACUUUACAUAUUAAACAUAAUUUAAUAUGAAUAAAAUCUAAAAAGGUGUAAGAAAUUAACUUUAAAUGUCAUAAUAUUGUUGGCUUUUACUGCAAAUAUAUAUAUUAUACAUUAUACUGUGGUGUCCCACUAAUACAGUGAUGCUCCUCCAUGUACAGGUUUCAUGGUGUUUUGGAAAGUUACAGGGUUAUUUAUAGGACUUGCUUAUAUCAGUUUUUAUAUAUAUAUAUAUGUUCUAUUCUCCCUCGCUGAUGAUUAGAGAAUAAUUAUUCAUGUUACUACAACCUUGCCACAAGUAUAACCUUGCCAUUGAUUACAACUAUAAAUAUAUUUCUCUUCAUUAAAAAGAAAUGUUAUGGAAUAUCUGUUCUUUUUAGCUAAAGCAGACUUUGGGCUUGGAUCGCCUCUGAAAUGAGUAUGGUUUUCACUGGAAAUAAUACUGCCAAUUCAAAAUUCGUUAUGUAACAAAUCCGAAGGUUUAUGAACUAUCGCUUUAAUUUACUUAAAGCGACACCCCCCCCCUUGAAAAAUUAGCAUUUCAUAAAGAUCGAAUCUUAUAAUAAUAAUAAUAAUAAUAAUAAUUUUGACAGUGUUGCAAUUUCACGCAAAGGAAAGGUUCAGGUAAGUAAGUAGAACUCUGUUAUAUUUCCCCCGGACACCCAACAGCAGCGUCACCGUCGGCAGUCUUUGCAAGUUCUGCAAAGUCCCCAGGUCUUGACAGUGCAGUUUUAAUAUUCUUAUUAAAAUCAGACAUCAAUGCUACCCUUUGGUGCCUUUGCCAGUCUGCUUUUUUUUUUUACUAUAUCAUCUUUUAUUAAACUGACAGUCUAUGUACUGAAACCAUUACAUCAUUGUCUAGAAUCCCUUGGCGCAGUCUGUGUUUUCAGUAUAAAACCAUUGUUAAACAGUUUAACACUGGAGGAAGGUCUGCUGUAGGCUGGUUCCUAUUGAAGGCAUAAAACAAGAAAAAAAAAAUGAUUUGCGCCAAGUGGAAGUGGCAUAUGAAAUAAUAAGAACAGGAUAUAGUGCUUACUGUGUGUGUGUGUGUGUGUGUGUGUGUGUGUGUGUCUCUAUAUAUAGAUUUAUACUUGGUGCAAAUCAGUUUUUUUCUUGUUUUCUACCUAUUGUUUUCCGUUGGAUUGUUAGGGUACAAUUAACAGAAUCUGCUGCCAUUUGAAUGAGCGCUGUACCUCACCCUCUCUUUGUCACAUAGAAGGUAUAGCUAAGGUGGAGAUUAUGCUCUACCUUAGCUAUACUAUUUUAUACCAGCUGUGGGCCAUUAUGAUAAGCAGAAACCUGACUUUCAGCCGGUUAUUGACAUCUAAUACUGUUUGCACUAAUGCAGGAGCAUUUACCUGAGUAGGACAGAAGGGAUGGGCCACAUGUUCCCAUGAACUCUGAUUCAUAGUUAAACCAUCUAUAGUUCUAAAUGUGUUGUUUAGGGCCCCGACCCCUUGUAAACUUGCCUUAUUUCCAGCACUGCACGUGUCUCUUUGCAGUUGGCCCCGCCUCUGCUCUGCCUCCUUUGCCGAUAUUCUAAAGUUUGAUGCUAUUGCACAUGCGUGGCAAAAUGCCCCCCUGUUUAAAUCAGCAUCCUCGUAAAGAUGCAUUGAAUCAGUUCCUCUCUGUAAGAAAACGUUCAGCUUCACCAUGCUAAGCAUGGAAACUGAAUGUCUGGGCUGCACAUUUUCUCUGAAAAGGCAUUGUUUAUAUUAAAAAGCCUACAGGGACUGGCUGUAGACACCAGUACAACUACAUUAAGCUGUAGUUGUUCUGGUGAAUAUAUUGUCCCUUAAUCUAAAUUAAGUUGUUUUGGUGCCAGGAGGCUUCUGGACGCACUAUUACUUUCAGGGUAAGUUGCCUCCAGUGACUAUCUGAACUACUUCUAGUUCUUCUUCUUUUAUAUUUAUAUAAGCUUGACAAAAAAUAACAAAUUUUAAUACAAUAGGAUGUCUGUGACGAAGUGCCCUUCGCCACUUGUGCCCGUCACAAUGUCUAUAGAAGUUUUGUAAUUCUUCAUAAAUUUAAAGCAAUAUAUAUUUAAGGUGAAGAUAUGAAUAUUUCUUCAAAUAAUGUAAGUUUUAAUUUCAUUCCAUCUAAUUGCAAUUUUGAAAUAUUACAGUAAUAAUGUAGUGACAAAAAAAGAAUAACAGAAAAUAUGAAUAACAAAAUGAAAAUCAGGGUGAAAAGGGAAUGCAAAUAUAUUAUAUAAUUCUGCUUUAAGUUCUGCUUCGUGCCUGGAGUGACCCCUUUAAGUCUUGUGUAUAUUUUCUGUAUAUAGGUUAUCUGAGCGUAACUGUAUCGAGAUUGUUUCCAAGUUAAUUGCUGAGAAACAGCUGGAUGUUGUUCAUACACUUGAUGGAAAAGAAUAUGUCACACCAACACAGAUUACCAAGGAAAUAAGAGAUGAACUUCAGGUUCGAGGGGGUGAGUUUAAUUUAUAAGUAAUAAGCGUUUAAGGUAAAUUGAAAUUUUUCUGUUGCAAAUUAUUUCUAUAGAUCAUUGACAUAAUUUUUUUUUUUUUUCCCGAUAAAAUUUCUAUCUUAUUAUAAACAGGUCGAGUGAACAUUGUUGAAUUACAGCAGGUAAGCCUCUGUGAAAUAUAUUUGAAAAACUUGUUAAAUAGAAGUUUAUUCAGUAUAUUUUAUUUUGCUAUUCAACAGGGAAUACAUUUUAAAUAGAAUCAGUCAUGGGAAAAUAGUUUUGUUUAAACUGAACUGAUUCAUGCAGUGCAACAUUUUGACAAAAUCAUCAGAUUUUUUUUUUUUUUAUAUUUUUGAUUUUGUUUUUGUAUGUGAACAUUUUAUAUACGAGAUAGAACAGGAGUGUGAGCUAUUAAAUGCAAAAUGUACCCAGUUAACAAAAAUUUGCGUUAGAAUCAGUUGUAUUUUAAAACUUAACCAUUAAUUAAUAUAUUCGAUUAGAUGUGUAUCAAUACCUUCACCAUAAUAAAAUCUACAACUAUGGUUGUUUAGAUAUAGAGUAGCAACUAGGAUCGUUAGCAGAGUAAAUUAUAGUGUUAACCCUUCAAUUUUAAGUGCUUCUGAUAGAGUUCAUGCAGUAUAGGGUAGCAACCAGAAUCACUAUUGGUAAUUUAACUUUUUUUUUUAACCCUUCUGUUGCUACUUAGAGAAUAAAGUGUGGUAGAAAUAAAUUUGCAGCCAAGGAUCGCUGUUUUGAUAGAGGAAAAGUUAAUCCUAAAUUAGCUGUCUCUUAGAUUGUAAGUAGCAAGCACAAUCAUAAUUUAGAAAAAAACUUUUUUGCUACAAAUUUUUAAAGCCGAUAGAGCACCAGUACCGGUAACUGGAGCUGCUAUACUGUUCUAAGAGGUUCGUUGUGUAGCUGUCUAGCCUCUUAACUGAACUAAAUAAAAGAUUUCGCUAAUGACUUAGCUUGCAAUAAGGUUUCAGAGGUAAUGGAAGUUUUAGUGUUUUUGCCAAUGAUAUACGGCAGGUUGCUUCCACACUGUCAUUCUCUUAAGUGCUCUCUGUGCAUAACACUCAGAACAACAGGCGGAUGCGUAUUAGGGACUUUAACUUGUGACUUGGUGAAUGGUGUCGGGAGCAAGGAUUUGGCUUUAUUUCUCAUGGUAGCUCUGUUUGGAAUGGAAAUAAACUGUCCAAAAACAUGGUUUGCAUCUUUCUCAAAAGGGAACAAAUGUUCUCAGUGAGCAGUUCAGAGGUUUUGCUAAUAUGUAUUUAAACUAGGAGGGUGGGGCGAAAGGGUGAUACAACCUCAAUCCAAUUGCCCCCCAAAACAAGGACAGAAGGUGCCUGUAGCAAGUGUGUUAAAAAUGAUAAGCUUAGAGUCAUGUCUACAAAUGCUCGCAGUUUAGGGAAUAAGAUCCAUGAACUUGUGGCAAUAAUGGCAAAUGAUAAUGUAGAUUUAAUCGCUGUUACUGAGACAUGGUAUAAUGAGAAAAAUGACUGGGACAUAGCAAUACAAGGGUACUCUUUAUAUAUAGAAAAGACAGGAAAGGCGAGAAAGGGGGAGGGGUGGCCCUGUAUGUGAAGGAUAGCAUAACAUCUAGCCUAAUAAAAGUUAGUGAGGCGAACAUAGAGUCUGUUUGGGUUACGUUAGAAUUUGGUAAUCACACAGUAACUCGUGUAGGUGUGAUUUAUAGGCCCCAAGACAAAUAGAAGAGUUAGAUAAUCUACUAGUUGAGGAAAUAGCUAAAAUGACAAUAAAGGGGGACGUUACCAUCAUGGGUGACUUUAAUCUUCCUGAUGUGAAUUGGGAAACCAAAAUAGCUACUUGUGCUAGGAGCACACAUAUUCUAAACUUACUGGGAUUGUCUCUAAAACAAGUCGUUGAGCAGCCAACUCGUAAGAAGGCUAUACUAGAUUUAGUGUUAACAAAUGUAGAUUUGGUAUCAGAUAUUACUGUAGGUGAAAGUUUAGGAUCCAGUGAUCAUCAGUCAGUGUGGUUUAAUAUAAGAACAGUGACUGAGUCACACCACACAAAAACAAAAGUUUUAGACUUUAUAAAAACAGACUUUUCUAAAAUUAGAAUAUGUGUAAAGGAGUCAUCAGACUGGAGCAAUUAAAAUGGAGUCCAAGAGAAAUGGGAUUAUUUAAAAGUUGCACUGCUGAAGACAACAGAAAAUUGCAUUAGGCUUGUCAGUAAAAGCAAAAAAUUCAAGAAACCACUGUAGUACUCUGCAGAUAUGGCCAAAAUAGUAAAAAAAAAAAAGUUAGCAUUUAGUAAUUAUAAAAAAAACCCAGAGUGAGGAAAACAGAAUGAUCUAUAAGAUUAGGCAGAAAGAGGCUAAGCAAGUUAUACGAGCUUCCAAAACACACACAGAAGAGAAAAUAGCACAGUCAGUAAAAAAAAAUGGGACAAAACAUUUUUUUAGAUACAUAAAUGAGAAAAGGAAUGUAAAACAAGGAUUAGUUAGAUUAAAAACAAAAGAAGGAAGGUAUGUAGAAGAGGAUAAAGGUCUAGCUGACUGCUUCAAUUAAUAUUUUUGUUCAGUAUUUACAGAUGAAAACGAAGGAAAGGGGCCUCAGUUAAGAAAAAGGACAAAUGAGUCAUUUGUUACAUGUGAGUUUACAGAGUAAGAGGUUCUAUUUCAACUGUCAAAAGUAAAGACACAUAAGACAAUGGGACCUGAUGGAAUACACCCAAAGUUAUUAAAAGAGCUUAGUGGUGUACUAGCAAAACCAUUAACAGAUUUAUUUAACCAAUCAUUGUUAACAGGAGUAGUCCCAGAAGAUUGGAAGUUAGCGAAUGUUGUGCCCAUUCACAAGAAAGGUAGUAAGGAUUAGUCGGGCAAUUAUAGGCCAGUAAGCCUUACUUCAGUAGUGGGGAAAGUAAUGGAAACCAUGUUAAAGGAUCGGAUUGUUGAACAUCUAAAAACACAUGGAUUUCAAGAUCAGAGACAACAUGGGUUUACUUCAGGGAGAUCAUGCCAAACUAAUCUUAUAGAUUUUUUUUGAUUGGGUAAAUAUAAUAUUAGAUCAGGUUGGUGCAGUACACAUUGCUUACCUAGAUUUCAGUAAGGCUUUUGACACUGUUGCACAUAGAAGGCUUAUCAAUAAACUGCAAUUUUUAAGUUUGGAUUCCAAUAUUGUUGAAUGGGUAAGGCAGUGGCUGAGUGACAGGUAACAGAGGGUUGUAGUCAGUGGAGUAUAUUCGAAGCAUGGGCUUGUCACCAGUGGGGUACCUCAGGGAUCUGUACUUGGACCCAUUCUCUUUAAUGUUUUUAUUAGUGAUAUUGCAGAAGGUCUUGAUGGUAAGGUAUGUCUUUUUGCUGAUGAUACUAAGAUAUGUAACAGGGUUGAUGUUCCAGGAGGGAUAAGGCAAAUUGCAAAUGAUUUAGGUGAACUAGAAAAAUGGUCAGAAUUGUGGCAACUAACAUUUAAUGUGGAUAAGUGCAAGAUAAUGCAUCUUGGACAUAAAAACCCAAGGGCAGAGUACAGAAUAUUUGAUAGGGUCCUAACCUCAACAUCUGAGGAAAGCGAUUUAGGGAUUAUUAUUUCUGAUGACUUAAAGGUAGGCAGGCAAUGUAAUAGAGCAGCAGAGAAUGCUUGGUUGUAUAGGGAGAGGUAUUAGCAGUAGAAAGCGGGAAGUGCUCAUGCCAUUGUACAGAACACUGGUGAGACCUCACUUGGAGUAUUGUACGCAGUACUGGAGACCAUAGCUCCAGAAGGAUAUUCAUACUUUAGAGAGAGAGUUCAGAGAAGGGCUACUAAACUUGUUCAUGGAUUGCAGGAUAAAACUUACAAGGAAAGGUUAAAGGAUCUUAACAUGUAUAGCUUGGAGGAAAGACGAGACAGGGGGAUAUGAUAGAAACAUUUAAAUACAUAAAGGGAAUCAACACAGUAAAGGAGGAGACUAUAUUUAAAAGAAGGAAAAACUACCACAAGAGGGCAUAGUCUUAAAUUAGAGGGGCAAAUGUUUAAAAAUAAUAUCCGUAAGUAUUACUUUACUGAGAGGGUAGUGGAUGCGUGGAAUAGGCAUUUAGCUGAAGUGGUAGAGGUUAGCACAGUAAAGGAGUUUAAGCAUGCGUGGGAUAUGCAUAAGGCUAUCCUAACUAAGAUAAGGCCAGGGACUAAUGAAAGUAUUUAAACAAAUUGGGCAGAUUAGAUGGGCCCAAUGGUUCUUAUCUGCCAUCACAUUCUAUGUUUCUAUGUCUGAUUACUAUUGAGGUAUAUUUCACAGAGCCUCUGAUGCACGUUUCGCCUCAGGCUCAUCAAAGAGAAAGUGGACAUUUGGAAAUGGUCCGGAAUACAGGGAGUGCAGAAUUAUUAGGCAAAUUAGUAUUUUGACCACAUCAUCCUCUUUAUGCAUGUUGUCUUACUCCAAGCUGUAUAGGCUCGAAAGCCUACUACCAAUUAAGCAUAUUAGGUGAUGUGCAUCUCUGUAAUGAGAAGGGGUGUGGUCUAAUGACAUCAACACCCUAUAUCAGGUGUGCAUAAUUAUUAGGCAACUUCCUUUCCUUUGGCAAAAUGGGUCAAAAGAAGGACUUGACAGGCUCAGAAAAGUCAAAAAUAGUGAGAUAUCUUGCAGAGGGAUGCAGCACUCUUAAAAUUGCAAAGCUUCUGAAGCGUGAUCAUCGAACAAUCAAGCGUUUCAUUCAAAAUAGUCAACAGGGUCGCAAGAAGCGUGUGGAAAAACCAAGGCGCAAAAUAACUGCCCAUGAACCGAGAAAAGUCAAGCGUGCAGCUGCCACGAUGCCACUUGCCACCAGUUUGGCCAUAUUUCAGAGCUGCAACAUCACUGGAGUGCCCAAAAGCACAAGGUGUGCAAUACUCAGAGACAUGGCCAAGGUAAGAAAGGCUGAAAGACGACCACCACUGAACAAGACACACAAGCUGAAACGUCAAGACUGGGCCAAGAAAUAUCUCAAGACUGAUUUUUCUAAGGUUUUAUGGACUGAUGAAAUGAGAGUGAGUCUUGAUGGGCCAGAUGGAUGGGCCCGUGGCUGGAUUGGUAAAGGGCAGAGAGCUCCAGUCCGACUCAGACGCCAGCAAGGUGGAGGUGGAGUACUGGUUUGGGCUGGUAUCAUCAAAGAUGAGCUUGUGGGGCCUUUUCGGGUUGAGGAUGGAGUCAAGCUCAACUCCCAGUCCUACUGCCAGUUCCUGAAAGACACCUUCUUCAAGCAGUGGUACAGGAAGAAGUCUGCAUCCUACAAGAAAAACAUGAUUUUCAUGCAGGACAAUGCUCCAUCACACGCGUCCAAGUACUCCACAGCGUGGCUGGCAAGAAAGGGUAUAAAAGAAGAAAAUCUAAUGACAUGGCCUCCUUGUUCACCUGAUCUGAACCCCAUUGAGAACCUGUGGUCCAUCAUCAAAUGUGAGAUUUACAAGGAGGGAAAACAGUACACCUCUCUGAACAGUGUCUGGGAGGCUGUGGUUGCUGCUGCACGCAAUGUUGAUGGUGAACAGAUCAAAACACUGACAGAAUCCAUGGAUGGCAGGCUUUUGAGUGUCCUUGCAAAGAAAGGUGGCUAUAUUGGUCACUGAUUUGUUUUUGUUUUGUUUUUGAAUGUCAGAAAUGUAUAUUUGUGAAUGUUGAGAUGUUAUAUUGGUUUCACUGGUAAUAAUAAAUAAUUGAAAUGGGUAUAUAUUUGUUUUUUGUUAAGUUGCCUAAUAAUUAUGCACAGUAAUAGUCACCUGCACACACAGAUAUCCCCCUAACAUAGCUAUGACUAAAAACAAACUAAAAACUACUUCCAAAAAUAUUCAGCUUUGAUAUUAAUGAGUUUUUUGGGUUCAUUGAGAACAUGGUUGUUGUUCAAUAAUAAAAUUAAUCCUCAAAAAUACAACUUGCCUAAUAAUUCUGCACUCCCUGUAGAUAGGGGUAAGUAUUAUCCCAUUACUUCAUUCAAAUUUCAUUCAGGCCAAUGAAAAGCAUUGUUGAAAUAAAUGGGUUAGUGUGUUGAAGUUGGAUAGGAUUAACCCUUUCAUCGUGAAGCAUAUUUUAUCUUUGUGACUAUAUUUAUCAUGUCCACAACACUUAAUUAUUUAAGGAUCACAAGAUGUUUAUGACUCCUAAUUAUUCUAGAAAUAUUUUGUUCGCAAUUUUGCCGAGUGUUACUCAAAGUAUUGUUUCUGAUAUGAAACAGUUGAUCAAACUGUAUAUUAUGUUCAUUGGAUUAUAUAUAUAAUUAUUGAUUCGUUGUUCGUUCGUAAAUACUUUCUAGAAAUUAGGAGAACUCAAACUCUUUGAAGGACCUUUUAAAUUACAACUAUAGUCAAUUAUCCUAGGUUGGUAGAUAUCCCCCAUAAAUGAGUUUGAAUACUUUAAAUCAAUUAGUUUAAUAUAUUAAAACAAAACUUAAAUCAAACUCCACGUAAUAUCAAAAAAGUAGUUAGAGUAGUUUGCAAUUCCCUCAAUUACUUGCCACGGAAUAUAUAAUGUCAUAAAUAAAAGGUCCCUUCAAGUCAUUGGGAAAGGAGGACACCAAAUCCUUCUCAGAGGCAAACAUACAAGCCAGUCUAUUUCCCUCAGUCAGUCUCCUUAACUGCAAAGGACUGACAAAAAAACAUUAGAUGUUGACGAAAAGAAUAUGCAUAUAUGUCAGAACGAACAUAUAAUGAACCAAAAACUACAAUGGAGCACAUAGACUAACACGAACAAUAUGAUCUACCCAAUUAGGUCAUCAAAUUCAUAAAUUUAAAAUUUCUUUACAAAAAAUAACUGUUUCCAAUUAAACUCAUAUGUUCCCACACUAUGAGGGACAAACAGUAGUCUGUAACUCCUCAUCGUUUCAAUCCUGUUGAUUAGAUUUAUAUUAUCAGAUUUAAGUGACUUUCAUUCUUGAAUCUACUCAGGUAGUCAACAAUCACCGAAUUGAAUCUAUUCCAAAUAUUUACUUCUAUUAAAUCAAAGCAAAAUUAUUCACAGAAUCCUUCAAAAAGUUCGAGUUCUCCUAAUUUCUAGAAAGUAUUUACUAGCGAACAAUGAAUCAAUAUAUAUAUAUAUAUAUAUAUAUAUAUAUAUAUAUAUAUAUAUAUAUAUAUAUAUAUAUAAAUAAAUGAACAUAAUAUACAGCUUGAUCAACUGUUAAUAUCAGAAACAUUUGAGUAACACUCGGCAAAAUUAAUUGCUAACAAAAUAUUUCUAGAAUAAGUAGGAGUCAUAAACAUCUCGUGAUCCUUAAAUUAUGAAGUGUUGUGGACAUGAUAAAUAUAGUAUAGUCCCAAAGAUAAAAUACGAAAGGGUUAAUCCUAUCCAACUUCAGCACAAUAACCCAUUUAUAUCAACAAUGCUUUUCAUUGGCCCAUAUGAAAUUUGAAUUGACCAAUGGGAUAAUACCCCUAUUUAUACUGGACCAUUUGCAAAUGUCCGGUUUCUGUGGCUUUUUAAAUUGCAAUUCGUGUCUGUGUAUAAAUAGUCAAUGAGUUUGUUAGCUGUCAUGUGGAUGCACUGAGCAGACUAGAUACUGAGCCCUGGGAAGCAUAAAAGAACUGUCAAAUUACCUGCGUAACAAGGUAAUGGAACUUUAUAAAGAUGCAAAAGGAUAUAAAAAGAUAUCCAAAGUCUUGAAAAUGCAAUUCAGUACAGUUUAAUCACUUAUUAAGAAGUGGAAAAUUCAUGGAUCUCUUGAUACCAAGCUAAAGUCAGGUAAACCAAGAAAGACUUCAGCUACAACUACCAGAAGUAUUGUUCAGGAUACAAAAAAAAAAAAAAACCCGCAGGUAACCUCAGGAGAAAUACAAGCUGCUCUGGAAAAAGAUUUCAAGAAGCACAAUACGAUGAUACUUGAACAAAAUUGAGCUGCAUUCCUGAGUUGCCAAAAAGAAGCCUUUACUGUGCCAAUGCAACAAAAAAGCCCGGUUACAAUAUGCCCGACAACGCCUUGGCACACCUCAGAGCUUCUGGCACACUGUAAUUUGGAGUGUCGAAACCAAAAUAGAGCUAUAUGGUCAAAGCAAUAAUCGCUAUGUUUGGAGAGGUGUCAACAAGGCCUAUAGUGAAAAGAAUGCCAUAUCCACUGUGAAGCAUGGUGGUGGCUCUAUGAUAUUUGGGGUGUGUGAGCUCUAAAGGCAUGGGGAAUCUUGUGAAAAUUGAUGGCAAGAUGAAUGCAGCAUUUUGUUAGAACAAUUUUCAUUCUUAUGCACGUGUGAUGCUCUUGGACUUUUCAGCAUGACAAUGACCCUAAGCACAUGGCCAAGUUAACCCUCUAGUGGUUACAGCAGAAAAAGGUGAAGGUUUUCGAGUGGCCAUCACAGUCUCCUGACCUUAAUAUCAUCGAGACACUGGGGAGAUCUCAAACAUGCGCUUCAUGCAAGACAACCAAAGACUUUGCUCGGAAGCAUUUUGCCAAGUUGAGUGGGCAGCUAUACCACCUGCAAGAAUUAGGGGCCUCAUAGACAACUCUUACAAAAAAACUGCACAAUGUCAUUGAUGCUAAAGGGGGCACUACACAGUAUUAAGAACUAAGGGUAUGAACAUGGGUCAUUUUAUUUUUUUCUUUGUUGCCAUGUUUUGUUUUAUGAUUGUGCCAUUCUGUUAUAACUUACAGUUAAAUAUAAAUCCCAUAAGAAAUAAAAGAAAUAUAGUUUGCCUGCUACAUAUUACCAAUUCUUCAAGUGUGUGUGUGUGUGUGUGUGUGUGUGUGUGUGUGUGUACAUAUAUUCAUACAUACAUACAAUUUUAUGUCCUUAGUAGACCCAGGUGUUUGGUUCCUUUUUAGAUUACUAAAGUUGACUGGGUUUUCUGAUGACAAUCAAAGUAUUUUUGGCAGCAAAACAUACAUUUUCAAAUGUGGUUCCAGCAAUACCUUGUGGAAUGUAGUAUACCAUAUGUUGCUGUGGGUGCACACAGUUGCACAGACAUUCCACAGCUCUAAGCAAAAAAUUAAUUUUGGCCACUUUUUAGCAAAUUUUAGCAUGUGUAACAAAUAGAUUUGGAGCCCGUUUUUUUAUAUUUGUAUUCCUCUCAUUGUCUUGGAUACUAGGUUCACUUUCCCCUUAUUUUAAAGUACAUUACACAAUUUAUUAAUAUUGUUGGCAUUUAUAAAGCACCAACAUAUUGUGCCGCGCUGUACAAUUAGGGGAGAACGAACACAGACCGAUCCAAAAGGUGAAGAGAUGAGAUCUAGCCCUUGAAGCUCAUUUAUCCAAAGUGCUCAGAUAAAUCAGUUAAAUAAUCCAUGAUCUUACAAUCUUAAAAAUAUAAUGGGGGUUUGAGACCAGUGGGGGGUGGGGAUAGGAAGGUUGGACGUGAUGACUAGAAGAAGUUAACAGCGCAGAGGUAAUAUAGUAAGAUCUCAAACAGCUGGAUGAGCAUACUAUAAAUUUAGUAGGUGGAUGGGAAAUGCUUAGAAAAAACUGACAGAUUCAGUAUUGCUUGGAUCUGGGUGUGUGAAGUGAGACCUAAGGAGUAGGCAUGGAGCUAAGGAAUCUGUGAAAAAUGCACACGUGAAACAAGCCCUCACUGUCAAAAUUGCCCAUGUAUGUCAACAAAUAUAUUUUUUUUUCCACAAAAGAUUAGUUUAUUUUCUAAAAUAAUAUUUUUAAGAUUUAUGUGCCUAUGUUUUUUAGUAUGUAUAUGACCGUUUAUAUUGCUAUGUUCCCCAUUUCCUUACAUCUAGGUGGUCAAUGUUGAUCUAACUCAUAUUGAAAGCAGAGCUAAUGAACUUGUCAAACUAGACAAAAGUAUCCAGCUGGUGCUGGGACAGCUUGUGGAAGAGUAAGUAAACACAAAAUGCACGUGUUUUUAUAACCAUGCUUCUUGUACAAAGGUGAAAACAUAUUUAAAAAUAUAUAGAUUGAUCAGCCACAACAUUAAAACCACUGACAGGUGUAGUGAAUAAAUGAUUAUAUCGUUACAAUGGCACCGGUCAAGAAGUGGGAUAUAUUGGGUUUCAAGUGAACAGUCUGUUCUUGAAUAUCAUGUGUUGGAAGCAGGAAAAAUGGGCAAGCAAAAAGUUCUGAGUGACUUUGAAAAGGGCUAAAUAGUUGUUUACCUGGGGAAGAGAUGGCGGCAGGAUGUGAAGAAGGCAGGCCGGUGGAGGCAGUGUUGUGCUCUGGGCAAUGUUCUGCUGGGAAUCCUUGGCUUCUGGCAUUCAUGUGGAUGUUACUUUGACACUUACCACCUACCUAUAAAUUGCAUACACUUAAUCAUGGUAAUGAUGUUACCUGAUGGCUGUAGCCUCUUUCAGCAGGAUUAUGCCUCCUGCGACACUGAAAAAUGUGUUCAGGAAUGGUUUGAGGAACAUGACGUAGUUCAAGCUGUUCACUUGGUCUCCAAGCAUCUAUGGGAUUGCUGCUAAUGUCUUGGUGCCAGAUACCACAGGACACACUCAGAGGUCUUGUGGAGUCCAUGCCGCUACGCAUCAGAGCGGUUUGGCAGCACAAGGGGGACCUCCACAAUAUUAAGUGGGUGGUUUUACUGUAGUGGCUGUUUGUCAAAUGAAUGCAGUGAUUGUGCCCCAGCAUUGGUAUUGCUUCGCUCUGUAGUGCCAUCUUGCUUCUCUUGAUGGAAAUGAAUAGAUGCGGUGCGUUAAUCCGGCAAAAUCCAAAUAAGUUGUCAAACUGUGCUAAAAUAGUUUAACACUGUAGUAGCACCAGGGCACUCCUGGCUCCAUAAUAGUUACGGUGGGCUUUAAUGGUGAUUGUGUUUGGAGUGCUCCUUAAAUUUAGAUGAAAUAAGACUUCACAGUAAACUUAAAUUUAAUUAUCAAAACUGCCUGUCUGGCAAUUUUGUUUUCAACCAAUGCACAGGGAGAUAUAUUUUACAUCACACAGAGUUCACUGGCAUUUGGGACAUAACCUACUAAACUAAUUGCAUCCAUCAUUUGAACCUCCACCUCCCUCCCCCUCUCCCACCCCCCCAUGUCCGUACUUCUUCUGAAGUUGACAGCACAGAUAAUCUUUCAUCAGAGUGCAAUAAUAAUUAAGCACUAAUUAAAUAAAUACUUAAAAAAUUUUCAGCAGUUGGAAAUUAAUGAUUUUUUUAAAAACUGGUAUAGUACUUCUUGUGUCAUGUAAGUCACAUGAUAUACUUGUGUAGUGAAAGGCAAAAAAAUAAAUAAAUACACUGCUGUAAUGUUAGCGAGAAAACCAAUACUGCAGAUAGGAAAGGACAAGUGGAUGGAGGGUAUUAAUUUUAUGUAAUGGGACACUCCUGGUACCAUAACAAUUUAAUCAGAUCCUUUAUUGGUCCAAGACUUCAGCCAGGUGCUGCUGGCAGACUGAGGUGUCUGUGGCAUCUACUCUGAGACUUUCUGAUUGAAGCCUCUGACCAAGAAAGAAAGCACCAGGCCAGUGUUCAUUUCGUCGGCUAACAAUUUUCAUCAGAUUUGGUCGACUAAAACCAGACUAAAACUAAAACAAUUCAGAUUACUAAAAUAAAAAUAAAACUUUAAUGGCAUUGAGACACAUGGGGUGCUGCGUGCAUGAGACAUGUGAGGAAGAUAAGAUGCAUUGAGGAGCUCGGGGAGAAGGAGACACACAGAGAGACAAAAGUAAGAGACAGGGGCUUGGGGGAGAUACCCAGAGGGGCUGGGGAAGGAAUAAAAGAGAGAGACUUUAACUAAACCCAUUAGAUUUUAGUUGUUUAGUUUUAGUUGACUAUAACUAGACUAAAACUAAAGCAAUUCAGAUGUCUAAAAUACAACUAAAACGGCUUUUUAGUCAAAAGACUAUGACAAAAACGAAUUGAAAUUUGCCAUCAAAAUUAACACUGCACCUGGCAAACACAUCCAAUGCCAUCUUUCAAAGUGUUGAGUUAAACCAUUUAUUUAAGGUUUAACCACUUAAGAUCUGAUGACGCCUGGGACCUCUUUACACAAUAACAAAACAAAAGCAAAUUCAAAGAAACAUACACUUAACCCCGACUGCAGUUGGUGACUUUAUCUCUCUGUGAAGCUUGGGGAGCACUCUGACAUCUACACUAAAAUAUUCUAUAAGGAAAAACACGUGCUCAGGCAUUUCUGCAGUAAUGCUGUGUGUGCAUGCACUGUGGUUCUAACAUUGCUGGUGGUUAGACAAAUAUACAUGAUGUGCCCAUCAGGACGUGUACAUAUUUAAAAAUAAAUAAAAAAACAAUUGUUCUGCUAGUUGUAUCGACAUUGACUUGGCUGUUCAAGUUAGCAAAAAUCUCACAAGUGGCAAUUCCUCUUUAAAAAUGCUGAAAGAAUUCUAAUGCAGUUCCUGUAAAAAGACAGACUGUUUGCUCACGUUAUAUAUGUUUCUAUGACUGUUUUGUAUUUAAAAAUGAUUGGAUUUUUGUAGAUUGGUUUCCCAUCUGAAUUGCUGCAAUAUAAUAUAUCUCCGCAGGAUUGAUUUGUACUGUAGAAGUUAUAAUGAGCAGGCUGCAGUGCUUCUUCCUUCUUCGUUUUGGCCUGUACCACUGCUGAUAGAAUGUGAUUUUUGCAGAAGUGCUGCCAGACAGGCACUAAACAUUAUUUAGUGGUGUUUUGGUAAACAGCUGUCAGACAAGAGUUUUCAGUCUCAACUAAAUGCCGCAGCUCAUAGGAUUUCAAUCCCUAACCUCAAUUCACCCCCCAAAGAGGAGCCUUUAAAAGAAUAUUGUAAUUGUAAACUGCGUUUGAUCACAGAGUAUUAGAUCUACUGAUCCUUGUUAUAUAAUAUCAAUGAACUUAAGUUCUCUGUAUUGCAAGAUUACUUUAUAAAAAUAAAUAUCAUCAUGUGCGUUUAGUUAUCGCUGACCUAGAGAGCCAUGAUAAUAUAGUCAUGCCCUUACUAUCAAUAGAAAUUAAUAUGUUGUCUCAACUGACCACAAACACAAGUAAAGAAAUCUAUAUCCACCUACUGGUUCUGCAGUGUAAUCAGACAACAUUAAACUCAAGUAAGUUGCAUAUACAGAGUGAGAUACAUUUAUUAGGAUCAUCAGUGGAUUACCCUCUCGAUGUUCUGUAAUAUCAUCUUCAACAACCCAUAACUAUCUGUAUCCACCCAAAAGCUGCUGACAUUCAUAUGAGAUUUAGGCGAACAAAUGCUCAAAACUGUUUUUUUUUUGUUUUGUUUUUGUCUUUCUUGUGUUUUAUCUUUGUGUUGAUUAGAUCUCCCCCAGUUUUAAGACUAUGAUUUAGAAUUUUUAAAAACAUAGCCAGAUAUCUUGUCUGUGAACUACAUUAUUGUUGCAUUUUUAUUUUCAUUUUUUUUUAGCUAAACGAACCUGUAGUUUUGUGGUCCCCUGUAUUGGUACUAAUGAUAAACAAGUUAGAUAAGAUUUGUCAAAACCUCAGGAAAUCCUGGACGAAUACAUUGUUUGUUAUAACAAUAUGUUAAUUUUAACUCCAUAAAAUAUUACUCAGGCUGCACGUAUCUUGUUUUGUUGUGGUUAAUUUAGCCUAUGGGUUAAACCUGUUGGUAUCCUAUUUAUAUUGUGAUAAUUUUCUUGUAAUGCCAUCAAUCUGCAUAUUCUAUUUUACAAUAAUAAUGUUUUGUUACAACUUACAGCUGAGCAAGGGAUGACUCUUCUCAGGGAUAAUACGUGCCCCAAUAACGCACCUUAUGUCGUUUGAAUUAACAGAGAUGUGAGCCCCAUGUCUUUUGUGUCUUCUUUCUUACUGUUUUCAUAUGUGGUUGCUUCCUUUUUGAAAUAAACAUUCUCCUAAUGCUAAACCCAAAAAAAUGGUAAUCAGAAUUUUUGUUAGCUCAUAUAUUUUUAGAAAAAAUGAAUGCUAUAAACACAACUUAAAAUAAAAAAAAGUUCCUGCUUUUGAUGCACAUUUUCACACAUCACAUUGUCAGCUUUUAUUUCUGCCCUCAUUAGGAAAUCACUUUGAGUCUCCCAUUUUGCUACGUGGAGUCUAAACUAUUUCACACAAUGAAGCAGAAACCUACAAAAUACAUUAAAACCUAGAAACCUACAAAAUAAAGCUCGUACUGACUUCACCAUAGCUGUGGAAGUACUCUUCCGCUGCUGUGCGUCUCCUUGCAACUUUUGACAGCGUUGCGUACCCUUACAUUUCCGCCUCAGGACAUUUUUGUGCAUGCUGAAGUCUGCUUUAGCUGCAUUAUUUAUAUGACAAAUAUGUCAUGCUUGUUUUUUUUUUUUUUAUUUAUUAGCAACUACCUGGAUCAAAUAGCAGAAGAAGUCAAUGACAAACUGCAGGAAGCUGGCCAAGUGACCAUAUCAGAACUGUGCAAAGCAUAUGACCUACCAGGGGACUUCCUGACAGAGGUGAUCAUUCUUCUAAGACUGUAUUUCAAUUAAAAAAAUAUAUUCUUUUUUUUCUUUCUUUUUUUUCUUAUGGUUUUACUCCCUGUAUUAUAGUAAAUAUUAGCUGUCAUACAAUUUGCAGAUAACAUUGCAGUUUUAAUCAAGGAUUUGCGUCACACUACAUACAUAUCUAUCAGCUGCUGGUUUUGAUUGGAUUUAUUUAUUACACAACAUAAGUUUAGAGGGUUACUCUAACUAGAAUAGUAGGACUUUAAUACAACGCUGUUUUUGGUCGGAGUAACUCUUCCUAUCCUGCCACAACUCCUCCAAAAACAUGCAAAAUAAAGAAAAAAUAGCUAAAACUCUCCUCUGUUCCAGCAGCCCAAACCUUCUCUACCGAUGUCCUCCCCUGGAGAAGGAGCAAUGUCAAGGAGGAAGGGCAAAGGGUGAGGAUGUGGGUGGCAUGCGGGGGGCAGUGCCGCCAUUGGUUCUGUCACCAGCAUGCUGUGCGUGUUAACGACAGACAUUUAAUUUAUACAGAACUGACACCUAGCCUGAAACUGGGCUAGCUAAUGACGCCCCUAUUACACUGCUGGAGGUAGAAGUGAAGUGAUCAAGGUGUUUGGACUAACCCUUUAACAGCAACAAAAAUAUACGUGUUUUAUCUGGUUUUCAUUAAUCUGCCUUCUCUGCCCUACCUUCCCUAUUCUGAAAUACAUCCUGCUUACUGGUUAUUGUACCCGCAUGACUGUUGCAUAAAACCCACUCCUUUUGUCACUCUUUCCUAACCUGCUGUACUGUAUUUCUCCAGUAAUAGACUUGUCACCGGAAAGGUGAUGGUAAAGAUUUCUCAGUGUUGCAGCUGAACCAAUAGCUUUGUUCUUAAAGGGACACUGACACUGCAGGUCCCCUCUCCCUCCCACCCCCCAUCCCAUGUUGCUGAAGGGAUGAAAACCCCUUCAGUGAUUUACCUGAGAUCCCCUCCGAUGUCCCUCGGCGAUGGUUUCGGGUCCGCCCACGCUCCUCCCGCGCAGUAGACCUCUCCAUAGAAAAGCAUUGAAAAUGCUUUCAAUGCUUUCCUAUGGGGAAUUGAGUACACAGCGUGAGGACAUCCAGCGACGCUCUAGCACAGUAGAACGCUGUGCAGUUUUGGGCACCUGUUCUAAAGAACGAUAUUAUGGCCCUAGAAAAAGUGCAGAGGCGGGCUACAAAAUUAAUAAAAGGAAUGGAACGUAUCAGCUAUGAAGAAAGGUUAACAAAUUUAAACCUAUUUAGUUUAGAAAAACGUCGCCUGAGAGGGGAUAUGAUAACAUUAUACAAAUAUAUUCAGGGCCAAUACAAACCAUUGUGUGGAAAUCUAUUCACAAACUGGACUUUACAUAGGACACGAGGCCAUGCGUUUAGACUGAAAGAUAGAAGAUUUCGUCUAAGGCAAAGGAAAGGUUUUUUUUUUACUGUAAGAACAAUCAGGAUGGAAUUCUCUGCCUGAAGAAGUGGUUUUAUCAGAGUCCAUACAGAUGUUCAAACAGCUACUAGAUGCAUACUUGCAAAAACAGAAUAUUCAAGGAUAUAAUCUUUCAAUGUAGGGUAAUAACUGCUUGAUCCAAGGAUAAAUUCAUAUUUGAAUUCCCAACAAUAUGCACUUUAUUGAAUAACACCAGACCGUUUGGAGUGAUAGAUAGAUAGAUGUAUAGUUAUCUAGUAACUGUCACAUUAUAAUCAUUGCAAAGAAACCUAAACAGCUAGUACCUGAUCGAACUCAUGCAGUGCUAAGUUAAACAUCAUAAUGCAUUACAAAUGGUACCACUCUCAGCUAGGUGUGCUCAUUAACCUACGUUAGGGAGGAAACCUUAAAUAUGUAAUGUGAUAAUCAAAGGAACACACACAUGUGUAUUCCUAAAUCUAUAGGGUCAUAGUCACCGUUUAGAUGACGGGUCCUCAUGGGUGAUUUUACUUAUCAUUUCUAAAACAGCAGUGUUUUACAUUGCAGGGUUAAACGGUACAGGGACACUGUACCAAGACCACUUCAAAGAGAUGAAUUGAUCUGGGUGCCUACAAUGUCCUUUUAAAGCGAACCUGUCAUGGACAGUUCAUCACCUUGUAGGUUUCUAUUUAUCAUCCAGAACUUUGUUUUUUUUAAAGCUUUCCUGAUCAAUUGGCAGAACUUCUCAGCUUAGAAUUCAUGUUACGUAAACUAAUAAAUACACAAUGAACUCUUUGUACUGCAGUAUUUGGUAGACCACACCUAGCAAUGACUACUCAUUUGCCGCAUUUCUGUAAAUACUUUGAGACUAAUACAUGGAUGCAGUUCAGAAAGACACAGACGGGCAAACACGGCUCCCAGAAAUCACAAGGAGUAACAGCUGCAUAUCAGAACUCCCUGUCCAAGAGCAGCUUCCCAGCCUAAAUUUAUUUCAGAGUGUAGCUACAGACAAGGCUUGUUAUUUUGCUACAUCUAAGCUGCACUACUCUAGCAUUUCUCAAAAUACCACACGUGGAUACUGGAAGGUCAUCUGGAACAUACAGUAUUUAUAUUGCGUAGAACAUCAUACAUUAUGUAUAAUACAUAUAAUACAUAAAAUCAAUAUAGUUAUGUUGUUUACAAAUGAUCCUAUAUGUAUUAAAACUGUGCUUCCAGUUUUUACCAUUUUAGUAUUCUAUCUCAGCACAUUAGAUUUAAAAUCAAACAUCCCCGAGAGUGUAAAGUACUGACUGCUUUAACCCCUUAAGUACACAUGACAUGUGUGACAUGUCAUGAUUCCCUUUCAUUCCAGAAGUUUGGUCCUUAAGGGGUUAAAUUGAAGAUAUUUGCAAAUUCGCUUUUCAUGCCGUCAUUGAAAUUCUUAUUCUACACUUUAACUUGUCAGUUUCAGGGAAAGCAAAUGGAGAAACUUUUUAUUUUUUUACAUUACUUUACAAUUUAACGGAAGAUAAUGAACGUUAAUCAUAACUUGUUUUGUGAUCUCCUUUUAUUUUUUUUUCUUUGUUAUUUUUUGUUACCAUAAGUUAAAAUGCCAUAAACUGUAUUUCAAAACCUAUACUACUUAUGCUUCAUGUAAUGAAUAUUCACCCACAGUCCUUGACCGCACGUCUUGGAAAGAUUAUUCAAGGGAAGAUUGAUCAAAGCAACAAUAGGAGUGUGAUUUAUACAGAGACCUUCGUGGCUCGUCACCGCGCACGUAUCCGUGGUCUUUUCACCGCAAUUACAAAGUAAGAUGCAUUUAUUUUAAUUUUUUUUAUAUAUAUACUUCUUAAAAAUGGUACACGUUAAUCAGAUACAUGAUGCUUUGUUUUCACUGUUCUUGUAAAGCAACCUUUAGAGUUUUUAUUCGCUAAACCAUGGAUUAUUGCACAAUUUAAGCCAGAACAUGCACAUCCGGGAUGGGGAGACCUGAUCUCAGCUCAGCCGAGUUGUUGUUUGUGUUAAAACUUUUUUUCACAUUAAUUUUGCAAUAAAUAGCUAUAUAGACAAAUGCAGAUUAUUUGCGAUUAAUGACAUUUAUAAUGUUUUAAUAAAGUCUUAAAUCUACAUGCUCACAAACCUAAUUUGAAGACACAACAACUUGAAUACUGUUGUAGAUUUUUCUGUUGUGCUUUCAACAUAUGCAGUUCAAUUUUGUAAAAUUAUUUCAUAAAAUCUUUGCAAAAAUAGGAAAUAUUGAGGGGGGAGCGACAACUGCUUGAUUUUUAAAUAUUAUUGACUGCUCCGCAUUUAAUUUUAAAUGUAUUUUAUAAAAUUAAGAUUACUAUAUAAAAUGUGCAUUCUACUUACUCAUGUUAAACCUUUAGUUUUAUCUUCUUGUUUAGUAAUGUUUCAAAUGUUUAAUAUAAGGUGUUCAGAUGUCUAAAAAAGCAUUAUUAACUGAAUAUUUGCAUACCAGUAAUGAAGGAAUGUUGUCUUCCCUUGUUAUUGUAGACCAACACCAGUCAUCAAUUUGAUUUCCCAGUACGGCUUUCAGGAACAUCUGCUUUAUUGUAAGACUUUACAAUGUUAACACAGCAUGUUUUUAAAGCACCUCUGUAACUCUUAAUUUUCUCUGCGUAAAUCCAUUUAAAACGUUAUUCCCAACAGUGCAAUAUUAUUUUCAUCUAAGUAAGCUAUAGUAAAUUUAACUGUAAUUACUUUUUGAAGAUCCUGUUGUUUGAUGUGUUAUGGUGAAGGUGGCCAGCUAUGAAUUCUAUCAUGAUAUGCAAAGGGGCUCGCCAAGCACCAUAACUUCAGCAUUUCAUUGUUGUUGUUAUUAUGGUACUGUUAAUCUUUGAGUACUGUCUCCCCGUUAUCUGUUGGAUUGAUUGAGAGCAAUUUGACAUAAGUAGGGACUCUCACAGCAUCCAGAGUCCAGCCCACCUGUCGCUGCUCACAUAAUUUCAGAAGAUUCACUUCUGCUUAACAGUCCCAAGCCAUGCGAUAUAGAGUGACAAUGGUGGGCUCAGAUCGUUGUAUAAAAUUAUAACAAAAGAUAAUGACUGCUAAGUUUCAUGCUGCUGAAUAAAAUCCAAUGAUAUUAAGCAUUGGCAGAAAGCUCCCCGCUGAUCUAAAGAAUGCUUCACCGUCAGCCUCUCUGAUGUUUUAUCCUAUCCCAUAAGCUCCCUGUUAUCAAGGGUUUAUGUGAUAUUAAGGUGUUCGCAGCAUCCAUUCCAAUGAUACAGAAUUAAUACACAGCCCUCAAAGAAAUUUGUAAGCGUUUUUAUUUAUUAUUUUUCUUUACAUCCACAAUACUGACCUGUCAGUGUUUGACCCCCUGCUACCAUCCUAUUAACAGCCCCAUAUGCAGUUUUGUGAAUUGGAUUGCACACAAUGUUCCCCGAGCCCCCAUAUACACCCAUGAAACACAAAUAUUUAGACAAUCGUCAAUCAGAAAGAAAAGGGACAUACUUAUAGCUGCAGAGAUCUUUUUAGUUAGUGGCAAUUGUACAAGAACCACAAGUCAGUUGACUUUCUAGUGCUAUAACCUGUGCAUGAGCUUGGGUUGUUCUGGUGCUUGUUGUUUGCCUUUAAUUCACAAGCUUUCACGAACGUUCCACAAUGUAUUGCUGGGCUCUUUAAUGCAACCUGCUUCAGAAAUGAAAAGGUUACAUUUAGACAUCUUUUAAAAUGCUUACUGCUUUCAUCCUUUCUUGCAGCCCUGUUGGAGGAGCUUGUUAACUGUGGACGUUUAAAGGGCACUGUGGUCGGCGGGAGGCAGGAUAAGGCUGUGUUUAUUCCUGACAUCUAUGCCAGAACGCAGAGCAAUUGGAUAGACGCUUUCUUCAAGCAAAACGGUUACCUAGGUAACACAUUUUUCUCAGCAUUUAGGAAACAAGGAGGUCUUUGUGAAUCUUGUUUUCAGCCACAUUAAGGUGAUUUAAAGAAUGCCGUUUCUGGCAUGAAAAGGCAGCAUUUCUUUUUAAAUUUAUUUCUUCAAGACAUUGAAUUUUGCUUUUUGUUCAUUUUGUAUCUAAUUUACCAUUUUUGGGAUAUUUUUGAGCAUCUAUUUUUGUAUUUUUUUUUUAUUCAAAGAAGUGAAAGUUGUAUUUGCAGGGAAUCAAAAAUUCAACUGUUUGCAACUCCAACUCAAGAGUAACACACACAUUUUAUAAUGGCUGUAUUUUUUUGGGGGGUCUGGAUUUUGUUUAGAAAUACAAUUUAUUCUGCAUAUGUUUUGGAUGAUAUUUAAUCAAAUUGACUCAAAAAAAGAAAGUUCCACCUUUGUAUGUGGCUUAUAACAAUGUCCGUAUUUAUGCUUUCACCAGUAACAAUCUGAUUCUGUAUUUUCUUUUUCUCAUUAACUUCUUAGUGACCAGACCGUUAAGGACCAGGACUGUUUUUACAUUUCUGCGGUGUUUGUGUUUAGCUGUAAUUUUCUUCUUACUCAUUUACUGUACCCACACAUAUACCGUUCUUCUUGCCAUUUAAUAGUCUUUCUAAAGAUAUUAUUUUCAUCAUAUCGUAUAAUUUACUAUAAAAAAUUAUAAAAUACGAUGAACAUUUUUUAAUAACACACUUUUUCUAAUUUUGACCCCCAAAAUCUGUUGCGCAUCUACAACUGCCAAAAAACACCCAUACUAAAUAGUUUCUACAUUAUGUCCUGAGUUUAGAAAUACCCAAUGUUAACACGUUCUUAGCUUCUUUUUUUUUUUUUUUGUGUGCAAGUUAUAGGGCAAAUAGUAUAAGUAGCAAUUUGCUAUUUCAAACGUUUCUUUUCAAAAUUAACACAAGUUACAUUGUAACACUAUCUGUCAGGAAUCCCUAAAUAACCCUUCACAUGUAUAUGUUUUUUAAAAGAAGACAACCUAAGGUUUUAAACUUGGGGUAUUUUGGCUCUUUUCAUGCAACCAUUUUACCUAUGCCAAAUUAAAAAAAAAAAAAAAUUGGUGAUUUUUGACACACAGCAAUUUAAGAAUACAUACACUGAGAACUUUAAGGGUUACUGCCAAAGAACACCCCAAUAUGUGUUCAGCAACAUCUUCUGAGUACAGUGAUACCACUAAUGUAUAGGUGUGUUGGGUUCUGUUGGGGCUAAAAUACCUUAUUUGGAGGGUGCGCAUUCCAGUUUUCCAACUUGGAAUUUUCACAUUUGGUCAUCAUGCACCCAUGUCCUAUUUGGGACAUUUAUUAAGCCAGCAAUGUAAUUUACCCCAUCAAACCAUAUGUAUUUUAAAAGUAGACACCCUAGGGUAUUUCAAAUGGUGGUAUUUUAACGCUUUCCAUGCACUAAUUCUACCACCAGUCUUCGUCAAACUUUUGGGUAGUCAUUUUAUUUUUUUCUCACAUUGUACUUUAGGCAUGGAUUAUCAUCUCCUGUUAUUUGUUACUGACAAAGAACACCCCAAUAUGGGUUCAGCAACAUCUCCUGAGUACAAUGAUACCAUAGGUUUGUUGGGUUGUUUGGGGGGUGCAAUGCCAAACUUGCCAUGAACGUGCAUAUAUUUGAAAAGUUGACACCCCAAGGUAUAUUGUAUAUGGAGUGUUUUGAUGCAACCGUUUUAGCCCAAAAAAUUGGAGAAAACGUGUGGUGGUAAUUUUUCAAUUUUCAUUAGUACACACACAUUUGUGUAUGAUUUAGGGGAGCCUUUUGUUGGUUAUUGCAAGAAAAUACUCCAGGUUCUUUUCUGCAAGGCCUCCUGAGUCCACUCAUGCCCCCAUGCAUAUGUUGAACUUGAUCAUAAAAAUAGUCUGGCGCAGUAAAAGUAAAAAAAAAAAAAAAACUAACUCCGGAACUGUAAAUGUAACCCAAAAAAAUGAACGGCAAAUGUUAAAAAAAAAAAAUAAUUAAAAAUGGUCCAGUGUGUGGUAUCGCUUGAAGCAGUCCCCAGUGCAGAGUCCCGGCUGUCCAGGGCAAUCAGGACAGUAAAAGACGGUGUCCUUUCUCUGCCUCUUUUUUAGAGGGUUCUGCUUUGCCGCAGUAGGGAGGAAUUUAAAAAUAAAGUGGAUAGCCCCAACUUUGCUCUCUUCUAUCACCGCCCGGUGAGCAGGUUCAUCUUGGUACAAAAUGAUCUGGAGCUUUGCUUUUUUUGAACAACAAAAAAGCGUUUAGGGUUGCAAUCUGCAUUAAGUAAAUUGCAACCUUUUUGUACCAGGCCCUUGUCUUAUAUAAUUUAAGUAGGGUUGCAGCAGCUGAUGUACCAGAUCAACCCCACCCAUAUGCCGGUUAUAGGCCUUGAUGCACACCGGCUUCUUUUUGCUCUCAACUCUGGCGCGUAUAGAGACCUCCACAGUCCUCUUAGUGUGGAUGGUGGUAAGAAGGUACACAUCCUUCUUGUCUCUGUACUUAAAUACCAACAGCUCCUCUUGGUGCAGAGCUGAGGUCUCCCCCCUUCGUAGCCGGCUGCGUGCAAAUUGUCCUGGGAAACCUGCGCGGUUCUUUCUGAUUGUACCGCAAGCUACUGUAUCAAAACAAUACAGUAGCUUGAACAAUGGGACACUUGUAUAAAAAUUGUCUAUAUACAAGUGGCACUUGUUCCCAUAUUGCCACUGGUUCCUAUAUGUUCUGGGCAACCUGGAGGGUCAAGAUGGCUACCCAGUCUCGCUCUCACAGAGCUUAUACACCUGUACACCAUACCUAGAGCAUUUGGAAGGAAUAUACUGCUUGAAUCCCAUCCUUCCCUUAUACUUCAUCAGGGAUUCAUCCAUGCAUAUAUUCCUUCCAGGUGUAUAAGCCUCUGCAAACCUGGCAGCAGAGUGGGUAAUCAGGGGGUAGAUAAACAACCUCUGUGACAUGAUCACAAUCACUUUAUUUAGUGAUCUGUCACAAAAAAAUGCACAGACUGCAAAAUAAGUGCAGCAGUGCAAGAGCCACUGAUCUAUACAGUGAUCACUGACAUGAUAGGGGUUAAUAGCUCUGAAAAGAGCCUUUGGGUCUCACCAUUUUGCAAAUCCCUACCUAAAACUACCUAAAUCUCUCUACCUAAACACAGAUCUCUCUCUCACUAAAACACAAGUGAAGAGAAGGGAGAUCUACACUGAUCAGAGUCAAUAUUUACUAAUAUUUUCCUGAUCAGACAAAUGGGGAUCAUAUUAAUAAUAAAUAUUAUUAUAGGGGCAAGCUCUGAUUGGAUGACCCUAGCCUGCCUUCUUCUAUGAUGAGGCAGGCUAGGGACACCCCCAGAAGCCACAUGAUGCACUGCCUUUAGAAAGGCAGCGCCAUAUUGGAAGCCACAUGGCUCAGGCGGGGCUGCAGGGGUUCUGGGGGGGGGAGAUUAAUUCAUUUAUUUUUUUUAUUGAUUUUAUUUAAGUCUUCACUGAGUGCCUCGAUCUCUCCUGGGGAGCGAUAACUCAGCAGCCAGGCAGUCAGAAGAGGUAUUGCAGGAUGCCUCAACAUCGAGGCAUCGCGGCAAUACCCUUAGAGCAGCUGGAAGCAAUCACGAUCGCUCCCAUUGCUCCUAUUUGAAGCGGUCGUACUAGGUACGUCCGCAGUCCUUAAGGACCAUUUUUUGUCGGACCUACCUAGUACGUCCGCGGUCCUUAAGGGGGUUAAACUAAAAUGCACUUUGUAUAUAUUUCUUCUUUUGUGAUGGUAUAAAAUUUGGUUAAUAAGUGAAACUCAUGCGUUCUUUGUGUUCAUAAUUAUGAUUUGGUUCACAGAAACGGAAUUAAAAUUUAAGUAAUACAUCUGUUGGGAGAAAAGAAGGGACUCCUCCAUUUACCAACGUUAAAAAUUUGCUCAUGUUAAAAUAUAAUUUUUAGCUUAUACACACUAUCCAAGCACUUUAAAGACAGGAUAUUUAUCAAUUGUCUGUAUAAUUGUCUACGUACAUAUUUUUUUCCCAGUUAUAGUUUGGUCAGUCUGCUCAUUCCUGAAUGUUGUAUUCUAGACUACACACCACUGCAAAGCCAUAACAAUAGUUUGCUUUUACUCUAAAGUCAUAUUAGAAUGCAGAUGAAGAGUAAAUACUUUCUGUUUAUUUAGGAAAUGUUCAUAAGCAAGCUGUGUGAUCAGUGGCUUAUUAAUUAACAGUCUUUAAUAUUAAUCUAUGAGCUCUCAAGUCAAUCAGUUAUAGAAAGUGUCUGCAAAAGACAGACAGCCUACUCUCUUGGAUAUCUCUGGUGGUCUAUGUCUCUGUCAUACCCCUAAAUCCGAUGAUUGAUAUGAAAUAUAUGCAUUUUAUUUUCUGUUGUGUGUACUUUUUGAGAAAUACUGCUUUGCUUUCUCGUUCUUAUUCACUAAGUUGAAAACGCUAAGUGAAUUUCAAAUUUAAUGUCAAAAUCGCUAGACUGGAAAAUUAUCUAAGUCUGCUAUGCUUUCAUUUUGGCUAUGAAAUAUUUUACAUUUGAAAUUCACUUUGAAUUCUCAUAUUUGAACAUAAACCUUCAAUUUUCCACAAACUUACUACAGUACAAUCCUCGUAACUGAUCAAUGCUUUAAGCCCAAGACUCUUUACCCCACACUUUUAGUUCCAAACAUCUUUUGAGCGCAGUUUGAAAUUUUUAAACAACACGUUUAUUCUUGCCCUCCCCCUUUGUUCUUUUCUGUUUUUUUUCCACAAUUGUACAGAGCAGCAGAAUAUGUAGGCACUUAAUAAAUGCCAGGAAUAAUAAAAUUACCCAUGGCAAACCAAACACCAUUUAAAUAGGUCCCUACUUAUCGCGUUUAAUGCUAUUUUAAUUUGGCUUAGGCUUAUUUAAUUAUCUUACACUUCUUUACUGAAUGUCGCAUUUGAUUUAGUUAGACAAGAAUCCAAGAUAUAUAAUGUAUUUGUUUUCUAUCUUCUGAUUUUCCCAUCACCUGUCUUUCUGGCACCUCUAGAUGACACCGUUCAUUUUAAAGUGACAUUCUCAAACUAGAUACUUGUCUCUCAAAUACCAGCAGUGUUCUUUGAUUAUUUUCUUUCCCCCACAUCCUUUCCAGUGCUACAAUCCAUCUCUAGUGUGUCUCUCUCUCUUUCUAUGUGCCAUCAAACCGUUUUUAUCAACCCACCAUCUUACUUUAUACAUCCAACUCUGUUGUACUAGAUGCUACACAGUAUACUGUGGUAAUAAAACAGUAUUUCCAACUUUUUUCAAAAAAGAAAAAAAAUAGAGCCUAGUGUUCUCUUGAUGAUAAUUGUAAAAAAGCCAUUUCCUCUGUCUUUGCAGAGUUUGAUUCACUGUCUAGAUUGGGUAUCCCAGACCCUGUGAGUUAUGUCAGGAAGAGGUACAAGUCUGCCCACUUACUAUAUUUAAAGUCUGUGUGUGUUGGCCAGGGCAUUGUGGACCAAGUGGAGGCCUCUGUGGAGGAAGCAAUAAGCUCGGGAUCAUGGCUGGAUAUAUUGGUAUGUCUUAUCGUAAGCCACAAAUUCUAGGUUUUUCUGUGCAACAUUCUUUUUAUACUUUCUGUAUAUUAUUAUAUAAUGUUCUUUGUUUAGAUCAUGUUUUUGUAAAUAAAUUAAACAGUUGCUUAUUUCAAGGAUUGUCCAAUGUCCCAUCAAAUGAGGUAUUUUCUAAUUGCACCAAUAGAACCAUUUCAUUUCCCAUGGUGCACUUUAUUUCAUUUUGGGGCCUGGGGAGGUGUUUUUAGGUUCCCGUGAUCCUUUGUCAAAUGGUUAUGAGGUUUUCUUUUCUUUUUUUUUUUUUUAUACUUUAAUCCUGGUGGUGAGAUGACUUCACAGAUUUGAAACCAUGGGGAUUUUAGAAUUCCCAGGCACUAGUAUAUAUAGUAUUGGGGGGGGGGGGGUAAUUUUCCUCUGCUCAACUUAUAGGGUCUAAGGUGCUUUGGGACCCCCUAAUCCAGUAUAAAAACAUUUUGUGAUGAUUUUCACUCAGAAAUUUAAGUAUCCCCUUCAGGUGAUAUGUGACAUGCAGGAUUUGUAGAACAUUUUAUUUUAAAAGCAUAGUUUCAUUCUUGUCAGGUUUUGCUGAUUCAUUUUCCAACUUUGCUGUGUUUUACAUUUUAGCCCCUUCUGCCAAGUUGUUUGUCAGAUGAAGAUGCAGGAAUGUUACUCCAACAAGUGAUGAGAACAUUGAACAAGUCAUCGUCUGCUCGAGUCUUUGGAGAUACAAUUGUCAUUAGUGAAAAAUUUAUCACUGAAUGCUCAAAUGUCUUUAAUGGUCUCAUGCACCAUAAGGCUGAAAAGGUACAUGGCUCAUGUAUUUUACUGAUUACAUUUGAUUUGAAUGCUAACGUUGUUGCCAUUCAACACUCCUUACUGACAGAAUUAUUUGUCUACAACAUAACUUUCCUUUUCUAGGAAAUGAAAAACAGCCCUGUUUUCCUGGUUACUGAAGAAGACCUUAAGCAAGCAGCAGUGUUCGAAAAUGCAACUGUAAACAAAAAAGAUAAAAGGGAAGAAAGACGGAAAAGGGCAUCAGGUUAAUAUAAUUUUGCUUAUUUUUCUAAUGUUUUAAAGGGUCGCCACAAAACCAGUACAUGCUAAAACUAAAAUUGGCAUUCUCAAACAAGAUGCUUGUUUCUCAAAUACCUGCACUGCUCUUUUUCCCGUCCUUUUCAGUGUGCAGUUAAUAUCUAGAUUUUGUCUCUCUCGCUGCCAUCAAACCAUUAUUAAUCAGCCAUUUCAGUUACAUUUGUCAGAGAACAUCAGAGACAACCACUAGAGCAGGGCUAGUCAACCUUCAGCACUCCAGAUGUAUAUAUACUAUAAUGUCUUACAGCCAUAGUGCUGAUAAUGCAUCUGGGAUAUGUAGUCCACAACAUUUGUAGUAUCGAAAGUUGCCUUCCUUUGUACUGGAUGCACUUCCUUCUUAAGACCUUUGAUAAUUAUGAAAUGUUUCUGAUUGGUGGAAUGCUGUUUUGUCAUUCAUACACCAGUACUUCUCCAUGAGAAGCAUUAUAUUGGAACAGAAAUCAUCAUGGAAAGACCAGGCUGCCAAAUAAUAAUAAUAAUAAUAAUCUAAAAUAAAAAAUAUUAUAAUUUUUAUAAUGUAUUGGUUUUCCUUUAACUAUACCUAAUAUGAAUAUUCGGUUUACAAUCCCAUUAUAUUUUGUUGUUUAUGAGCUGGAUUUUAUGUAUUCAAGGUAUAAGUAAAAUAAACUUCGACAUUUUUAUUUUUUAUAUUGGAGACAAUCAAUGCUGGGAUCACUUUCACUCUUUGUGGAUCCUUGGAUACUGAGCAGAUCAACACGGUCAAAUGCUCAUGUACUAGAGAAUGACAGAGACACUGUAUAGAAAAUACCCUUUCCAUUAAUACACUAUGACAGGCAAAUAAUAGCAUUAUUUUUUAUUUAUUUAUCAGAAUUGAUCAGACUUCUUUGCUAACAAAAUAAAGGCAUAUAAAUAUGGCAUACUGGAGUGGCUGCCCAUCCCUCCCUAAAAUGAUGCGGCAGCAUUUAACUGUGCAACCAUGCAGUAUGUAUUCUGGAACUCUGCAAAUUUAAUUUGCUAAUCAGGCUGCUUGUGGCAAGGAGUUGGAGUUUAAAGGGGACUUCUGUAUAUAGUAUACUUUAAAAUGUAAUCUAGCUAAAGUUUAUCUUCUCGCUCACAUGUUCAUGGCUGAUAGGCACUCUUCAUGUUACCAUUCUUUUCUGAAUUACUGAAAUUUCUUAUUAUUUAUUGUUCUGACCUUCUCUAACAAUUCUUUAUUGCUUUUUACCAAUAAAGGGAAAAGGACACAAAUGUACAUGAACAUAUAAUAUUUACAGCUUACAGUGUUCUGCAGAGUUUCCAUGGACUUGUUACUGUAGAAACAUUUAGCAUUUGCAGCAGCUACUAUUGUCCAAAUAAGAUUUUACAAUCUAAGCUGGCUGAAUCAGGAAUGCUACAGAUUCUGUCAUGUUCCAUAUAACCACUAUCGAGAGCUGUUGGUUGAUAAUCUAUGUUUCUCUAUCAAGCUUAGUUACAAGCCCAUGAUCUGUUUAAAAAAAAUAAAUACAAAAAAUGAAUUUUUAAUUUGGCAGGACUUUCAGCACCUAUUUAUUUUUUCAUUGUGGAAAUCACAAAAACCUCUAAGCAAGAGUUGUUUGGUUCUGAUAAAUAUAUUAUCUGAUCCACACCUCAUUGUCAGCAUCCCAGAUACAGCCAUUGUGUGUUUUAAAUAAAGAUUGCUAAUGUUUUGGUUAGCAUAUCUACUUGAUAAAAGUGAGCCGGUCAUCCACAAAUUAAUUAAGCCUGUAUUUUAAGCCGAAAAAGGUCUACGAAAAUAGACUGUUUGUUUUGUAUUGUACUGUGUGUAUUGUAAAUGAAUUGUCCCAUGAAUUCAUCAGGCAAGACAAAAGCCAACUUGGUUUAAUAUGGGAAUUCAUGGGAAUUCAGAAAUAAUUCUAAGGGAGUUUCAAAUUUAAGGCCAAAAUCUUUCUCUGCACAGCAUAGAAUUAAGAAUACCUAUUGAAAUGUGGGUUAACACUCUCCUUAAAUUGUGUAUUUUUGAACUCUUUGUAAAGGAAGCAUCUGCAGCUAGUCAACCAAAUUGUAAGCACCUGAAGCUCUCAACAGGUUUCCAAAAUCUAGACUUGCAGGGUUAUUCGCUAGAAUGAGAAAUGCUGACAAUUUCAAAUGUAGGCCAAAACAAAUGAUUUAGAAUAAAUUCUCCUAGUUAAAUCUGGUUUCAGUUUGGCUAUUUUGGCCUUUGAAAGAUUUGAAAUUCACUUAGAAUUCUCUUUGGCCCUGUAGACCUUUGAUUUGUUUGCUGCACAUAUUCAGAGAUAUUUUGGAUAUUGAGGUAAUAAUAUUAUGGCAAAUACCCUAUAGAGAUAUCAAUUUCCUUAACACAUUCUGAUGAUACAGUUCUAAAGUAUUAGAUUUCAUUACCCUCCGCACCUUCUGUUCAAGUUUGUCCUGCUUGCUUUGUUGAAAUUUCUUCUUUAUUAGUCCAUUUAUUGUGCAGCUCAACAGAAUUUGUUGACGCUUCAUAAAUAUUAUUAAUAUAAUUGACAUGUACACUGAGCAGCUACAAUAUUAAAACCAUUAACAUGUGACUUGCAUUGAUUAUAUCAUUACCAUGGCACCUGUAAAGAGAUGGUAUAUAUUAGGCAGCAAGUGAACAGUCAGAUUGUUUGGUCUGAUGAAUCACAUUUUGUUUUAGAUCAGAUUGAUGGCCGGGUGCAUGUGCGUCAACUACCUGGGGAAGAGAUGAUGUCAGGAUGCACUAUGGGAGAUCGGUGGAUUCAGUGUUAUGCUUUAGCAAGGUUCUGCUGGGAAACCUUUGGUCUUGCAAUUCAUGUGGAUUUUACUUUGAAACAUCCCACCUACCUAGAGAUUGUUGUAGACUACGUACACUCCUUUAUUGCAUUUAUUGCAGGGUGCAUUAUCCUCUUUCAGCAGGAUAAUGCACUCUGACACACUGCAAACAUUGCUCAGGAAUGGCUUGAGGAACAUGAGAAAAAGAUCAAGCUGUUGCUUUGGCCUCCAAAUUCCCCAGACAGAACAACAAAUCCAAUCCAUGGAAGCACCACCUAGCAACUUACAGUAAUUAAAGGAUCUGCUGCUAAUGUCUUGGUGCCAGAAGCCACAGGACACCUUCAGAGCCCUUGUGGAGCCCAUAACUGAAUGCAUUAGAGCCGCUUUAGUAACACAAGCAACACAAAAGAGGACCUACAUGAUAUAUUAGGCAGGUGAAUUUAAUGUUGUGGCCGAUCAGUAUAUAUUGUUUUAUAAAAUGUGAACACAUUUUGAUGACUGGUUCAAACCUUUAAUGUUUGUAUAAUGUAAUUAUUUGUUUAGUAGUAAGUAGUGCUAAGACAAGGAAGAGAUGUGUGUAUCUAAAAUUCUGGUUAAUAUACAGUUAAUAUAACAUAGCUCUGCUUCUGAGUCCUCUCUUUCUUUAAAUACUUGCUAAUACAACUUUUUUCCACCAGAGGGCAGUGGAAGCACUCGAGGAGGCGGCGGUAGUAAUGCAAGAGAAAUAAAAAUAAAAAAAUCAAAGAAAAAGACAAGAAAGGACGAAGACAGUGAUGAUGAAUCACAGACAGUUAGCACAAGUAAUUUGAAUAGAUUUUUAAUUUUUUUUAAAUGUAAAAUUUGUCUUGGUCCUAUAUUAAAAAAAAGUUACUGUAAUACAAUGUAUUUGUUAUUUAAAUUAGAAAUAUACGUAUUUCAGGACUCCCCAUCUUGCUACAGAUUGGUGAUCUUUGCGCUCAUUUUAAAACCUGCCCGAGAAGAGACCUUAGUAGUCCGAGAAAUCCAAGUGCUUGCAUGUUUGAAAUAGGCUUCAGCAGUAAUAAUCAUUUCCCAAUAUAUAUAUAUAUAUAUAUAUAUAUAUAUAUAUAUAUAUAUAUAUAUAUAUAUAUAAUAAUUUUUUUUUUUUUUUUUUACUUGUGUUUUUGGGAGGUCCGAAAGAAAUUCACACAUCUAUGUUAGAACUGGAUUUUCUUUAUUUUGGCCUCUCAUGGAUCAUCGUCCUAACUGUUGCUUAUAUCUGCCACUGAAUAUAGUCAGCAGAAGAAGAGAAACUGAAACAACGUUUCUGUUCUCCUCAUUUACAUAGUGUGCCCUGCAUGUGCCUAGUCUGAGCUGGAUUGUGACAUCACUUGGAAAUCUUUAAUACAUAACGAAAAUAAAAUGAAAAAUCACAUGAAAAGAGCAAAUAUUGUAAUAGUGUGAUUUCCAGGCAAAUGACAAUUCCACAUUCAUAAUGAACUUGCCUCUAGGGCUCCCUUUGCUCACCAGAGCUGCAUAACUUAUUUACAAUGCAGGUAGGAUUUUACAUCACAGCAGAUCCUGCUGGUGCUGUGAAUCUUAUGUGACACCUAAUAGCAAGGAAUCCCUGAAGCCACAAGCCAAGAGAUCGCUUGCUUGCAGGCCAUGGGGUUGAAGAGAGGAAAUCUUUGUGAUCUCCCCUGAGCACUAGAGUGAUGUUCCAUUUCUGUGUUGCCAUAGAUUAAGCAAUCCCUUAACAAUAUAGCUGCAGUAUCUGUAGCACAUGUGAAAAUUGCAGGUUCAGUCCCUGGCAAACUAUAUUCAUCCAGUCAUCCUUCUGAAAUGAUUAAAGUUUCAGAUGGGUAAUAAUGUCAAUACCACAGCAAGUUACAUAACUGACAAAAGCCCCUGGUUAAGUAAUUUGAUAUUAUAAAGUAUAGAUCAAGUUGUAAUAUUUGAAAUAGACAUCAUUUGUUUUUGUAGAUAACAUUUCCUUCUUAGUUUAAGCAUUGAAUGUUUUGAGAAGAGUAUGCAAAAUUAAAUUGGUUCAAGUUCUGUCUCCCAGAACACUUUUUUUUUUGUUAAACUUCGCUGCUUCCUGGUGCACACUUAAAAUCAGAUGAUUUAUUUGAAAUAAUUAAACACAUUUUGCAUGUCUUACUCCAGAAAUAAUAAAACUGAUAUAUAGUGAGCACUCUGAGCCUGUACUGUUGGACAGUUUAAUGAGGUCGUAUUUUCAAUCGCGAUUUAAUUACGGUUUUUCCUCUACAUCAGAUAAACCAAAGGAACGCGAGAUCCCAUUUAUGUCUCUGGAUGAAAUUCAGAACGUUUUACGAAAACAUGCCUCUGACUGCCCAGAUGAGCUGAUCCUUGAGCUUUCUGAAAAUUUAAUAAGGUUAUAUCAUUUUAUCCUUGUGCAAGAUUUGAUUGCUCCUCUUUAGCUUUAUCGACAGCUUUCCAUUAACACUUUCAAUGCUGUCAAAUAACUUAGCCCAUUGCAACAAUGUUUCCAUGGAACUAAUGGACAAGUCCAUAAAACGCUCAUGAUUUACGUGUUACAAUAUAAUGAUGACCAUGGUAAAAUGCCAAGGUCUAUUAUAUUCUACAUUUCAUUGUCGAGAACUGUAAAAUGGAAGUUAACAAAAAAUUAGUGAUGGGAAACUGUAGGAUUUCUAAGUUUUAGUUCUGGGAAAUGGGAUUGCUGCCAAUUACUAGGAUGUUCAUCAACCUUGAUAGUUAUUUUGUUACUUGCCUUUCACAUAUAUUGAUUGAAUGUGUCAUAGUUAAAAUGAUUUUGCUAAACCAUGCAGUUAUGUGCUCAUUCAGUAAAGCAGUGGAAUUAAGUGAGCAUUAAAUACUCUUAGAACACGGGUGACUCAUGUGGUGGAUCGCCGCUGACCUUUAUUAAAGUCACCAAUGAUAGGGCUAUGUUUCAGUCUUACGUGAAGAUUUGGUGUGCAAUACUUGUCCAUAACCAGUAUGGCCGAUGUAUAGAAAUGAAGUAAAAUGUCAUUAUGUAUAUUACACUGGCAAAUUCUACAGCAUAGUACAAUCGCUAAAGAGUUUGUUUGACAGCUGUAUAAUGAUUUUGUUGUUAUUGUUACAUAGUUACAUAGCUGAAAAGAGACUUGCGUCCAUCAAGUUCAACCUUCCUCAGAUAUGUUUGUGCUGUUGAUCCAAAAGAAGGCAAAAAACCUAGUCUGAAGCGCUUCCAAUUUUGCAACAAACUAGGAACAAAUUCCUUCUUGACCCCAAAAUAGUAGUCGGAUGUCUCCUUGGAUCAAGCAGUUAUUACCCCACUAAUUAGAAAUUAUAUUCCUGUAUGUUAUGUUUUUGCAAGUAUUUAUCUAGUAAUAGACAAUGUGCAUUCAUAACCAAACAGGUUCUGUUUACAUUAUUACGGUGUAUAUAGUUAGUCUUGUAUGAAAUCCACUGUUAUCAUGCCUAAUUAAGGUUCUCUAAAUGUUUCUCGUUACUAUGGCAAUUUAUAUAUUCUCCUAUUAAACACGUGCUCCACACUAUACAUUCUAAAGUUGCACUAUUUUUUUCUGUUACUAGUCUUGAGAAUGUAUUGAUGAACUGAAACACAACCUUUCUAAUUAUGUGUGUUUCACUGCUUCAUUUCAUGAGAACAUCUGCUUUAAAAUUAAACAACGUCGUACUUCCAUUCUCAAACCUCUUAUUUCUGUUGUGUUUGGCACUUGAUAUUUUCCAUUAUUACCACUGGAAUUCAGUUUUUAUUUUUUUUUAAAUCUUAAAUGUACAAAUACACUAGAAGCGUGUUUUUAGAACAUCUUGUUUACUCAUUGCAGGCCUUUAACAAAAAGUUACCAAGAAGUUUUGAGAUCGGUUUUCUUGUCCUCUUCAACAUCAGCAUCAGGGACCACUAGAAAACAAACCAUGAAAGACUUCCAAGAAGAGCUUUCCAACCUCUACAAUAAUAUCAGGUUGUUUGAAAGGGGAAUCAAGCAUUUUUCAGGUAGGUAUAUAUAUAUUGGAAUUUAGGAAACAAUGCCCAGUCUUUACGAAUGAGAUUUAUAAUGAAUGCGGCGGCGAGGCUCAUCUUCCUGUCUGCCCGCACCUCCCACGCCUCCCCCCUUUGUCAGUCCCUACAAUGGCUUUCCGUAAGAUAUAGGACUCAAGAUUAAGAUCCUGAUACUUGCUUACAAAUCUCUACACAAUCCUGCUCCGACCUACUUAUCCUCACUAAUACACAAAUAUGUCCCAUCUAAGUACCUACGCUCUGCCGGAGACCUACAUCUAUCCUCGGUUCAUACUCCUGCCUCUGAUGCUCACCUUAAAGACUUCAAUGGGCCUAUGGAAUUCCCUUCCCCUCUCUGUUAGACUCUCAUUAGCCUCUGAUUCCGCUCCUGUAACUGUCAUCAAAACAAAGCACUAAGCCCUCAAUGAAAACUAUCCUAGCAACCUACUUUUCUACCCUACCCUUAUCUUUUGUGUCACUAUACCCCAAUCCCUCUAGAAUGUAAGCUCAUUGAGCAGGGCCCUCAAUCCCUCUGUUCCUGUGUGUCCAACUCGUCUGGUUACAAAUACUUGUCUGUUAGUCCACCCAUUGUAAAGCGCUACGGAACUUGUUGGUGCUUUAUAAAAAUAAAUAAUAAUAUAUAAUUGUAACUUGGCCUGAUAUUUGGGAUCUAUCUAGAAAUAUUAUUUAGACAUUUUAGUUGGUGAUUGUACCAAACGUAGUACUUGAUCAGUGGUUGCAGCAGUAAUUCCCAGCAGAGUCAACUUGUUGUUUUGUCCUUACAUCGAUUUAUCUUGUACAGUUGGGUUAUAUAACUAUAUGUUUCUUUACAAAUUAAAAGAAGACUCCAAAGAGCAUGCUGAUUCCCCUUGACAAGUGCUCUAUAAAAAUUAUUAUUUCUUCAGUAAUUUUCUUCAGAUGUACAUGGUUUCCCCUUUUACAUAACUUUUUAUGAUUUGUACAUGGUUUCCCCUUUUUCAUGGUAAAUUUUUCUUCUGUGUACACCACUAUUAGACGGUCCUAUUUUGUAGAUGACGUUUGCCUGUUUUGCAGAUGAAACACAAAGCAGUCUUGCUAAGCAUCUCCUGAAGACCAUAUGCACAGAUAUUACCAAUAUGAUUUUCAAUUUUCUUGCUGCUGAUUUCAUGAUGGCUGUAGAAGACUACUCUACCAUUACGAGUGAGGUCGGUAAACUAAAGGAAAUGUGGAACUGUAUGAUCCUUGUUGUCCAUUAAGUUACCCUUUUCAUUUAUUUAUUUUUUGUACAGAUUUUGUUUAAUCUAGAAACAAACGAAUCCCAAAAUAAAUUAGGUAGAGUAUGUUAAAACUGUCUCAGAUCGUAGGGAAAACACACAGUAGCUGUAAAUCAAUAAGAAUCAAUGAAAAUAAAAAAUCAUUGGGAAUAAUUUGUUUAAAAUGGCUCAGAUCGUAAAAGGAAAACACACAGUAGAUGUAAAUCAAUUAGAAUCAAUGGAAAUAAAAAUAAAAUACUGAUACAAAAUAGAUAAAAAUCUAAUUAGAAAAAAAUCCAUAGUCCAAAAGUUCAAAAAAUAAAUUAAUAAUCUGCAAAGUAAAAUCAAAACAUCAUACUGCUUUCUUUAUCCAAUAAUUUAUUCAGACACAUGAUUUAAAAAAAAAAAGUACAAAAUAAGUCAGUAGGCACAUCAGAUAUAAAACUUAGAUCUUCCCACUGUGACUGCCCUAAAUCUCUUGAGCCUUUCUUCCGUGCAUUGAUGAGCACCAGCCUUUUCUGCUUUGUUGUCCACUGUUGGAAUCAGAGGACCAGAAAUUUUGUCAGCAGGGGUUCCUGCACUGAAUGUAAGCUGCUUGCUUUUGCGUGUCACCGAAAAAAUAGACCACACCACUUAACGCGUUUCAUGGAACACUGUCACUUUAUCAGGGGUCACAUUAAAUGUAUUAGGCUGUAUAUGUAUAUAUCGUAUAUGUGUGUGUGUGUCUGUCUGUCUGUCUGUCUGUACCAUUUAAUUAUUUAUUUAUUUAUUUUUACUGAUUUUAUAGAAACAAAAGCAUCCUAAAAUGAAUUGGAAAGAAUAUGAUAAAAAUGGUUCAGAUCAAAUAAACACUGAUACAAAAUGUCAGCAUAUAGAUGGAUAUAUGUAUCGAUAGAUAGAGCUACAUAUAGAUAGAUAUAUACUUGCCUGGGAGAUAUAUAUAUAUAUAUCAGGGGGGAGGCUGCACUCACCUGAACAAGCAUAUAUGGGGUGCUACUGGUGGCCAAAUUAUACAAUACACAAGAUCAAGCGCACUCACUUAUUCACUAAACAGCAACUUCAAUGUUGACAAAUUUUUAGUUUUUUUUUUUUUUAUAAAUACACCUAAUGUAGGCAAAAAUAAUGGGGGUUUAGUUACAUUAUAUGAUCAUACAUUGCAUAAGCCUGCAACAAUGUCAAUGUACCCAAUCUUUGGCAGGUCCUACACUAACAGCCUAAUGUCUGCUCUUAUGAGAUUAACCCACUUGGGGAAAAAAAUCCAUCUGGGGCUCUCUGCAGUACAAGGCUAAAUUGGGUUCUGGGAUGAGGCACCUGUGACAGGAAGAGGUGCAAAACCAAGGAGUUGGCUAGACUCCCAAAUAAAAAAAAAAUAUAUAAAUAUAUAUAAAACAGGGGGGAUGCUGCACUCACUUGAACAUGCAUAAAUGGGGUGCUGGCCAAAUUAUACAAUACACAAGAUCCAGCGCACUCACCUAUCCACUAAACAGCAACUUCAAUGUUGACAGAUUUUAUUAGUUUUAUUUAAAAACACCUAAUCUAGGCAAAAAUAAUGGGGGUUUAGUUACAUUAUAUGAUCAUUCAUUGCAUAAGCCUGCCACAACGUCAAUGGACCCCAUGUUUGGCAGGUCCUAUUCUAACAGCCUAAUGUCUGCUCUUAUGAGAUUAACCCACUUCCUUGGGGAAAAAAAAUCCAUCUGGGGCUCUCUGCAGUACAAGGGUAAAUAGGGCCCUGGGAUGAGGCACCCGUGACAGGUAUAUAAAUAAAUAAAAUAUUUUAUAUGUUCUUUCCAUUUCAUUUUAGUAUGCUUUUGUUUCUAUAAAAGCAGUUUAAAAAAAAAAAAAUAGAUAUAUAUUAUACUAUAAUAUAAAAUCUCUAGCAGUCCUAUGCUACUAGUCAGACCUUAUUAGCUGCUACUCACCAGAGGUGAAUCUCUACUUACCAAUGUCUAGUGAUGAGUGGAAGUUUUUGGCCGUGUGUGAGAAUUUUUAUUAUUUGUCCUUAAAAUGAGUGUUCUCAUUGUAUGUUUGGUUAGUUUGUGGUUUAGAUUAAUGUAAUCCCACAUUUUGUUUAGUGUGUUUAGUUUUACAGAAGUCUGAAGUUAGUUUGAAAUAUUUUGCCUGACAUACUUUUUGAAUAUUAGAUUCAUUACUAAAACAUUAGUGCUAUGCGUGUGCUCUUUCUGUACGGUUGCUAUCAGUUUAUUCAGUAGUUACCCCCCGGCAAAAAUCUGACUCACUUUUGCUUUCCAGGUUAGAAAAAAAAUGUUGAACAAACUUCAAGAGGAGACUAAAGGCCCCUUAUCAAAACUUCAAGGUUCAUUAUCUGGAAAGGUAAGGAUGAAAACUGCAGGUUUGUUUUAGAACACAUAAUGAUUUAAUGCUGUUGCCAUUGUAGGCUGCAGUACAAAAUUAUGGGGCAAAUAAAUGAAUUUUCUAAAAUGUUAAGUCACUUAGUUGUAUUUAUUUUUCUUCCAUAUAUUUUUUUUUUUUUUAACUUUCACUUCAGUUUGAAAAAAAAGAGAAAACGUGCAUGACUUUUCAAGUCUAGUUGCGCCAACGCUUGAUAUGCUCAUGGAAAGUUUACAUCUCUAAUAUAUGUUCACUUGUACCAUCUUUAUUGGUCCAAGUGAGCCAAAGCUAAUUGGACAUUGCCCUUAGUGAUCUAUUAACCUAAUAUUCGUUCUCUGAGGGUCUCCUACAGGUUUCUUGGUUUAUUUAAUCUAACUUGUAAGCCGGUUAGGAGGGACACUAUUGGACAUAAUAUAGGUUAUAAGAGAAAUCCUUGAACCACUAUUAAAAUCCUGGAUGUAUCUGAAAUAACUAAACAGUAAAUCCAGUGUUUUGUCUUUUCUAUCCAGAUGUAUGCGCGUGUAUUAUUUGGUUUAAAUUUUUACCAAGCAAUGUAUUUUCCAUAUUUGUACAUACAGCAGAAUUGUUGCUGCAUUUUUAACACUUUUUUUUUCCCCCCUUUGUAUUGACAGGGUGUACCUGUAGGUAACUUUAUCUGUUUAUCAGGUUUUCCUACUAAGUUGUUAAACAAGCCGUGACACAAGUCUCUCUCUUCUUCUCUCAUAUAUAUUUUAAAUUGUUGUUUAGAUAAAUAAAUUAAGCAGACACUUUUAAAUAUUUAUAUACUGCUUAAGUCACAUCUUACAAGGAACACUGAUCAACAGAUAGCUUUACAUAAAGGUCAUCGCUGAUUAUGUUAAAAAAAAACAGGAACAAAAAAUAUUUUGAGAUGUACAGUAUGGGAAGUUAAUAAACAAUUUGAAAAUGUGUCUAAACCGUAAACUCUUUGCAGUUGAAUAUAUUUUAAUAUGGAUAUGAAUAAAAGUUUAUGAUGUGAAUAAAAAUACACACAGGGAUUCCUCGCAUCAUUUAAUUUUUCUGUCCUUAGCCAAUAUACUUUCCAGUUUGGGUUUGAUUCAAAAGUACGAAAAACACAUGUAUAAGUAAAAAACAGUAGUCUGUUUACCUCCUAACAUGUUGUCAGAAUUGAGGGCUAAUUUAGAAAAGCAUUCGGAAAACAGUCUUAUUUUUGUUCUCUAAUCUGUUUGUAUUUAUUAAAUUGUUCUAGAAAUGAUCCAAAACAUGUUAACUUCCCUCUACCUAAAGUCUGUCAUUUUUCAUAGACCUAUCCAUUUAGGCUAAAAAAAAAACAGAAUACUUUUCUGAUUGAAAAAAGUGAGAAAAAAAAAAAUUGAUAUCAACAAAAAGUAUAAAAACUAUUGAUAUCACCCUCACCCCCCAAAAAAUAAAUAUUGUGACAUGAGAAGUAGUACAUUUGUGGUCAAUACAGAAGGUGUUGAGUUUAUAAGUUAGGCUUUUCUAAUACUCACAAAUAAUCGAAAGAUUUGGUGUUACAAUGUGAUUAUAGAACAUGUUAAUGUUUACGAUAUACAGCUGGCUUUAGGAGAGGCUUUAGUCAGUAUAUAUGGGAGGUGCCAUAGACGUUUUUCUUUUUGCCAUCUAGCGUUGUAGCUGGUUCUAUUGUUUGUUUGAUCAUUUUGUAAAUGAAUAUUAUUGAUUUAUUAAAGAAAUCACACAUUAAUGAACUUUUUUUUUUUUUUUUUUACUAGAGUAUAGAAGAAUUUCUUUCAUUUCUGGACACAUCAGUAGAAGCGUGUGGCAUAUUAAUAAAAAAAGGCGAUAAGAAGAAAGAAAGGUAUCAUAUUUCUGUAUAGUUUUUGUAAAUGUUCCCAGAUAAUUUUAGUAAGACAGUUUCUAAAUGUUGGUUUGUCAGAUGGCAGCAGAAUAAUUUUUUAUUUUUAUUUUUUCCCCCAUAAAACAUAUACAGUAGUCUAGCAGGGUUAUUCUCUGAACUCCAAAUAUAGUAGAUUAAAAUCUCAGUUGGAAAAUUUAGAUAUCAUUACCUGAUUUGGAAAAAUCUUCUUCUACUCCAGUGUAUGUAGCUUAGCUUUUCUAAGCUAAAGUUUGCCAUUUGGAUUGCAAUUCACUACAAUCUGGAGUUUGGUAAAUAACCAUUUUAAAAAAUGAUUUGUUAAUUUUUUUGUUUUGAUUUGUACUAAAUCAGCUACAUUUACUAUUACAAUGUAUUUGUGUUGUAUGUGUUCUGCAUUAAAUAUGUAAUUCUCCAGAACAUACUUUAUAAAUGUCAGAAACAUUAAUGCAGGUAAAACAUUUUGUAAAUAAAUGAGUAAAACAGUAAAUUAUUUUAUUUUUACAGGCAAGUUUUGUUCCAGCACAGGCAGGCUCUGUUAGAACAAGUGAAGGUGACAGAAGAUCCAGCUCUAGUCCUACAUCUCACAUCCGUUCUGCUGUUCCAGCUGACUACACACUGCAUGCUUCAUGCCCCAGGGAGAUGUGUCCCACAGAUUAUUGCUUUCCUGCACACAAAAAUCCCACAGGUAUUCUGCUUAAAAAAAAAUAAUUGCUUGGAUAAUUGUGCUAUAUUCAGAUUAUGAGAGUGUAAAUAAUGCCUCUGCUUGUGGAUUACCAAAUGUAAUCUAGUACAUACAGGAGAAGAGCUUUAGAUUUUAAAUCUGGAUACUGUUUGCACUGUUUAUCAGGAGCAUUUGAAUGGACGCGAAUGCCCACAUAUUACUAGACAAUUGAUAUCUACUUGUUAUAAUUCCAGACUUUCUGUACUAGGGAUCAACCGAUUAUCGGUUUGGCCGAUAUUCCAGAGUUUGGGAAAUAUUGGUAUCGGCCACUAUUGAUACCGAUAUUGCCGAUAAUGUGAGAGGUGGCGGUGGUCCAGCACACUCAGGGCCGGCGCGUCCAUAAGGCAGCACAGACGGCCGUCUUAGGGUGCUCUGGCUCUGGAGGCACAAGGAUCGAGUGACAGGCAGGAAGGAAGCGCAGAGCAGACCACAGGACUAGAGCUUCCGUUUCCUGUACCCGGCCAGUGAGCACUUCCUGUCAGUCCGGCUGGGUACAGGAAACUGAAGAUCCUGUAUUGCAGUCUGCUGUGCUCAGCCACGCUACAAGAGAGGUAAUGAGGCACACCAGGGAGGUGAGAGGUCCACUAAGGGAGGGUGGGGGAGAGACACUUAAGGACAGGGAGGGAGAAAAAUAUUGAGGGGGGAGAGAGGACCACUAAAGGACAGGGAAGGGAGGGUAGGCGAGGAUAAAGGAAUACUAAUGGACAGGGAGGGGAGAAAUACACUAAGGGACAGGGAAGGGAGAGGAACACUAAAUAUUCUUGAAAACCUAAAGUCUGACUGGCAUGUAUAUUUUGUGUAUUCACCACUUAAUAAAAACAAGAUUUGUUAUAAAUAUUAAAUAAACAUGUUCAGUAAACAGUAGAUUUGUGUAGAAAUUGUUUCUUUUUCCAAACGGAAAAUUUACAGAAUAUUGGUCAGUUAUCGGCCUAAAAGUUCACAGAUUAUCGGUAUUUGUAUCGGUUCUAAAAAAUGAAUAUCUGUUGAUCCCUAAUCUAUACUCUGGCAGUCCUAGUUGCCAGUGUACAAAUCUCAUAUAGUUACUUGAGCAACAAAGUCCUCCCUUAACCCCCAGCCAAGCUUGCGAUGGUGGUGGCUGAUCAUCCAUUAAUUUUUUACUGGAAUGGGCUUUUACGUAAAUAAAAAUAAGGCAGGAUUUCCGUCUAUGCUUUUCCUUCAUUUCCCCUGCAGUGGCAAUGAGUCCACCUUUGUUUUCACACGUGUACAUCAGUUCUAUUGAAACUGGCAACUGAAACUAGGAACUGGAAAAAGUAGGGCACAAUGUUCACACUUAAAGCAUUCCAACAAACUGAAGUGCUUUAGGGGUCUUGAGUGUACCUUUAAAAGUAAAAUAACUUUAACUGAGCCACUUAAUUUUGUUCAUACGUUUCUCCUCUGUACUUUAUUUAUUUAUUUAUUUCCUCUUUUCCUCAGGAUCAGCACGAGUUGUUGGCUAACUACCAGGGCCUUGUGGUAAAACAGCUAAUCGGACAGACAAAACAUAAUGACAAUGAGGAUCACGACACAUUGGGAGAUACAGCAACAGAGACCGAAAAAGGACCAGAAAGUAUUAGAAAAGAGCUUCAGGAGCUAACAACUGCCAUCAAAGAUUUAGUCCUUCGACCAAGAAAAAUCUCUAAUACAGAAGAAUAAUCAUCUGAUAUUGUAUAGCUAUGGACUUUAAUAAUUUGUUUAAUUUCUGCUUAAAUUAAAAAGACCAACCAAUUCAAUGCAUUUAUUAAAUCAAGCUAUUGUUAAACAGCCUAUUUCUAUCAAUGUUUUUGCUGGAAUUACAUAAUUAAAUAUGUAAUAAAGUUGUUGGAAAUGGUAGGCUGGGCUUCAGUUUAACACACAGUGAUAACUGUUAAAACACCAAAGGCUAACUGGCAAGUUCUACCUAUAAAAAAACAGCACAAUUGUGCUUUAGUUGUGUAGCGCAGCAUAUAAUCAUUGUAACAUGCAAUCUUCAAUAAACCGAGUCCAUGGCGGGCUACAUUUUUACAUGUGUGUCAUUUCAUAUUUUACAUGAACACAAUAAAAGUGGUCAAGGUACUAAAAUUGAU